GAGCCCCCUGGUUCAGAUAUUGUAUUUGAAGUUGAGCUGAACAAAGACCGAGUUCAAGUAAAAUGGCUGAGGAACAACAUGAUGAUUGUCCAGGGUGACAAGUACCAGAUGAUGAGUGAGGGCAAGGUUCACCGUCUCCAGGUGUGUGAGAUCAGGCCUCGUGACCAGGGCGAGUAUAGAAUCAUUGCCAAGGACAAAGAUGCCAGAGCCAAGCUAGAACUUGCAGCUGUUCCUACAAUCAAGACUAUGGAUCAGAACCUGGAGACUGAUGUUGGAAAGCCCAUUGUUAUGAUGGUUCCCUAUGAUGCUUAUCCUCAAGCUGAGGCUGAAUGGUUUUUCAAUGGCAUUAGCCUGCCAAAGCAGAACUUCGACACAUCCUCUGACAGAACUGACUACAGGCUAAAGGACCCAAAGAAGUCUGACCAAGGCCGAUACAAGAUUGUCAUCAAGAACAAACAUGGAAAAGGAGAGGCAUCCAUCAACCUGGAUGUUAUUGAUGUUCCUGGGCCUGUGAAGAACCUGAAAGUUGUGGACACAGCUGAUGGGGAGGUCAGUCUUGCCUGGGAUGAGCCUGAGAGUGAUGGUGGGAGCAAAAUCAUUGGCUAUGCGGUGGAGAGGCGUGAUGUGAAGCGCAAGACAUGGACCCUGGCCACUGACCGUGUUGAUGGUACCGAGUACUGUGUGACGGGACUACAGAGGGACUCCAUGUACUUCUUCCGUGUAUGUGCUCGCAACAGGGUGGGCAGUGGACCCAAUGUGGAGACAGACAAACCUGUCCAAGCCAAGAACAGGUUUGAUGUUCCUGAAGCACCGCAGAAUGUUAAGGUUGAAAACGUGAAUAAAUUUGGGGCAACCAUCUCCUGGGAUCCCCCACUGUUUGAUGGUGGAUCUGAAAUCACUGCUUACAUCAUUGAGCUGCGAGACCGGACGUCGGUGAAGUGGGCACCAGUUAUGGUGACCAAACCUGAGGACCGCACGGCCGUAAUCAAUGAAGUUGCGGAGAACAAGGAAUACAUUUUCCGUGUUAGAGCUGAAAACAAGGCUGGAGUUGGAAAGCCAAGCGCAGCCACUAAUCCAGUCAAGAUCAUGGACCCCAUUGAGAGGCCAAGUCCACCAUUGAAUUUUAAAUACUCUGACCAGACAAGGGACUCUGUCCAGUUGACAUGGGACACCCCCUUGAAAGAUGGAGGCAGUAUGAUCACAGGCUACAUUAUUGAGAAAUGUGAAGAUGGCACAGAUAAGUGGCUCAGAUGUAAUGCCCGGCUCUGCCAGGACCUUUGCUACAAGGUGUAUGGCCUGAAACAUGGACAGAAGUACCACUAUAGAGUGUUUGCUGAGAAUGCAGCUGGAAUUUCAGACCCAGCUGACACAAUUGGGCCUCUCCUGGCAGAUGAUCCACAUUUUGCCCCUACUAUGGAUCUCAGUGCAUUCAAGGAUGGCCUGGAGGUGAUUGUCCCUCACCCCCUUACUAUUCGCAUUCCUAUUACUGGGUACCCCACACCCACGGUCAAGUGGAGUAUGGGAGGCACAGCAUUGACUCCUGGAGACCGUGUGUCUAUGACUACCAAGGCAACUUUCACAGAGCUAAUUAUCACUCCCAGUGUGCGCCCAGACAAGGGCAGGUACACAGUUCACCUGGAGAACGAUGUGACCGCAGUCUCAGGAGAGAUUGAUGUGAAUGUCAUCGCUUCCCCAAGUGCACCCAGAGACUUCAAAGCUGCAGAGGUUACAAGAAGACAUGUUCAUCUCAUGUGGGAGGCACCAGAACAUGAUGGUGGAAGCCCACUGACUGGCUACCAGAUUGAAAAGCGGGAUGUGUCUCGCAAGACCUGGGUCAAGGUCAUUUCUGGUGUACAAGACCUGGAGUAUACUGUCACAGAUGUAACUGAAGGCAAAGAGUACUUGUUCAGAGUUAUUGCCUGCAACAAGUGUGGCCCCGGAGAGCCUGCCUACCUUGAUGAACCAGUUAAUGUAUCUUCCCCAGCCACUGUGCCGGACCCACCUGAGAAUUUGAAAUGGAGAGACAAGUCUGCCAAUGGAAUCUUCCUAUCCUGGGAGCCUCCAAAGUAUGAUGGUGGUUCUGCAAUUAAGGGCUACAUUGUUGACAAGUGCCAGCGUGGCUCUGACAAAUGGGAGCCCUGUGGAGAGACUGUGCCUGAGCUAAAAUUCCAAGUGACUGGUCUCACAGAGGGCCAGUGGUAUGCCUACCGUGUUAGAGCCUUGAACAAACUGGGGGCUAGCAGACCUUGCAGGGCUACAGAUGAGAUUCUGGCUGUGGAUCCGAAAGUUCCUCCAGAGAUACUCUUAGAUGUGAAACUGCUCACUGGUUUGACUGCGAAGGCUGGGACCAAGAUUGAGCUGCCCGCUGAUGUAAUUGGAAAACCAGAGCCGAAAAUCACCUGGACUAAGGCUGAUCUUGUCCUUAAAAAAGAUGACAGAGUCUCCAUUGAAACCAAGCCGGGUCACUCUACAGUCACUAUAGCCAAGACAAAGAGAGAUGACACAGCUACCUAUAUCAUCGAGGCUGUAAACAGCAGUGGCCGAGCUACUGCAACAGUGGAUGUCAACAUUCUUGAUAAGCCUGGCCCUCCAGCUGCCUUUGACAUUUCUGAGAUCACCAACGAAUCCUGCUUACUGGCAUGGAACCCUCCCAGAGAUGAUGGUGGCUCAAAGGUCACUAAUUACAUUGUGGAGAGGAGGGCUACAGACAGUGAAGUCUGGCACAAACUCUCUUCUACUAUAAAGCCGACCACCUUCAAGGCCUGCAACUUGGUUGCUCAUAAAGAAUAUGUCUUCAGAGUGUUUGCUGAGAACCAGUAUGGCAUUGGUCCUUUUGCAGAACAUGUUCCAAUUGUGGCCCGUUACUCCUUUGACCCACCUGGUGCUCCAACUAAACUGGAGCCCUCAGAUAUUGCGAAGGACUCCUUGACCUUGACAUGGUAUGAGCCUGAUGAGGAUGGCGGCAGUCCUAUUACUGGGUACUGGGUGGAGAGGUUAGACCCAGACAGUGAUAAAUGGAUCAGAUGUAACAAGCUGCCCAUCAAGGACACCACAUUCAGAGUGAAAGGACUGCCCACAAAGAAGAAGUAUAAGUUCCGUGUCUUGGCUGAGAAUCUCGCUGGACCUGGAAAACCAAGCAAGGAGAGCAACCUGAUCUUGGUUAAGAAUCCAAUUGAUCCUCCUUGGCCUCCUGGGAAACCAACUGUCAAAGACGUUACUAAGACUUCUGCCUUCUUGCAAUGGACUAAGCCUGAGCACGAUGGCGGGGCCAAGAUCGAGUCCUAUGUAAUUGAAUUGCUGAAGAGUGGAACUGUAGACUGGGUCCGUGUGGCUGAUGGUGUGCCCAGGCUUGAGCACUUCCUGACGGGACUGAUGGAGAAGCAGGAGUAUUCCUUCCGUGUCAGAGCAGUCAAUAGUGCUGGAGAGAGUGAACCCAGUGAACCCAGUGAUCCUGUUCUCUGCAAGGAGAGACUCUAUCCCCCUUCACCUCCACGUUGGCUCACAGUGCUUAACGUCAGCAAAAACAGUGCUGACCUGAAAUGGACAGCCCCUGAGAAAGAUGGGGGAUCCCCCAUCACAAACUACAUUGUGGAGAAGAGAGAUGCAAGGCGCAAGGGCUGGCAGGCAGUGGACACCACUGUGAAGGAAACCAAUUACACAGUCACUCCACUAAAUGAGGGCUCUUUGUAUUUGUUCCGAAUUGCGGCUGAGAAUGCUGUCGGACAAAGUGAAUAUUGUGAAUUGGAGGACUCUGUACUGGCCAAAGACACUUUCACAACCCCUGGACCACCAUUUGCUCUGACUGUGGUAGAGGUGACAAAGACACAUGUUGACCUGAAAUGGGAAGCUCCUAAGAAUGAUGGUGGAAGACCUAUUAAAAGAUAUGUAAUUGAGAAGAAAGAAAAGCUGGGCACUCGCUGGGUGAAGUCAGCAAAGACAUCAGGACCAGACUGCAAAUAUAGAGUUACCGAUGUCAUUGAAGGAACUGAGGUUCAGUUCCAGGUUCGUGCUGAGAAUGAAGCUGGUGUUGGACAUCCAAGUGAACCAACAGACAUUCUGAAAAUUGAAGAUCCAACAGGUCCACCAUCUCCUCCUCUGGAGCUGCAUGUGACUGAUGCUAGCAGAGAUCACAUCUCCAUUGCAUGGAAACCACCAGAGAAUAAUGGCGGCAGUCCCAUCAUGGGCUACCACAUUGAGCUUUGUGAAGCCGGCACUGAAAAGUGGAUGAGAGUCAACUCACGCCCUGUAAAAGAGCUCAAAUACAAGGCAGAGGAAGGCAUCAUUCCAGAGAAAGAGUACAUCAUGAGAGUUCGUGCAGUGAAUGCUGUUGGUGUCAGCGAACCCUCUGAGAUUUCUGAAAAUGUCUUUGCAAAAGACUCGGAUUGCAACCCUACCCUUGAGCUACAGAGUCAAGAUGUUAUAGUGGUAGAGGGUGAGAAGUUGCAUCUCCCUGUUGUGUAUAGAGCUGUACCACAGCCAAAGGUAUCUUGGCACAAAGAUGGGAAGGAACUGAAGGCUGACAAUAGGCUAACCUUCAGGUCUGAAUAUCUUGCAACUCACUUGGAGGUUGCAAACUCCUUGCAUGCUGAUGCCGGCACAUAUACCAUAAACCUGGAGAACAAGCUUGGAUCAACCACUGGAACAAUUAAUGUUAAAGUUGUUGGUUUGCCUGGGCCAUGCAAGGAUAUUUCAGCCAGUGAAAUCACCAAGAAUUCCUGCAAGAUCUCAUGGGAGCCUCCAGAUAGUGAUGGUGGGAGCCCCAUUUUACACUAUUGUCUGCAGCGUAGAGAGGCUGGCAGGAGAACCUAUGUUGCUGUGAUGUCAGGAGAGAAUAAACUGAGCUGGCCUGUCAAAGACCUUAUACCAAAUGGAGAGUAUUACUUCCGUGUCAAAGCUGUGAACAAGAUAGGUGGUGGAGAGUUUAUAGAGCUCCGCAACCCUGUGAUUGCUGAGGAUCAGAAGCAGCGCCCAGAUCCACCCAUUGAUGUUGAAAUACACAAUCCUAGCUCAAACUCCAUGACAUUGACGUGGAAGCCUCCGUUGUAUGAUGGUGGAUCCAAAAUCAUGGGCUACAUUCUGGAGAAGAUGAAGAAGGGUGAUGACAAGUUUGAGAGAUGCAAUGAUUUUCUAGUGCCUGUUUUGUCUUACACUGUCAAAGGCCUGAUAACAGGCAAGGAAUAUCAGUUCCGUGUGCGUGCUGAAAACGCUGCUGGAGUUAGCGAUCCCUCCAGAAGCACACCCCUGGUCAAGGCUAUUGAUGCUGUUGAACAACCCAAGGUUUUCCUUAGCGGAAACCUGCAAUCCGGCUUGAUCGUCAAGAAAGGUGGGGAUAUUAGACUGGAUGCCUGCAUCUCUGGAUCUCCAUAUCCGACUGUCUCAUGGCUGAAGAAUAAUUGGACCAUUACGCCAGAGCCAAUGAAGAAGAGACCAGAGAAACCCAUUGUGAAGAAGAAGAAGGAUGGUCCUGAGGUGCCAGAGGUGCCUUCCUAUCCUUCCCUACAAGAGCGUCUUGCCAUUGAUCUUAGGAAGAAGGGAGAAUCAAGGUUAAUCGUACAGAACUCCAUUAGAGAUGACCAUGGUGUGUUUACCAUUAAAGUGGAGAAUGAUCAUGGAGUUGCAAGUGCAUCCUGUGAAGUCAUUGUGCUUGAUGUGCCUGGACCUCCGGUUAAUUUAGUCUUUGAAGACAUCAGAAGUAACUCUGUCCUUUGUAAAUGGAGUCCACCUCUGGAUGAUGGUGGCAGUGAAAUCCUGAACUACAUCGUGGAGCAAAAAGACAACUCCAAGGCUGAAAUUGGAUGGAUAAACGUGACUUCUACUCUGAGGGGAUGCAAAUACCCUGUGACAAAGCUAAUUGAAGGGAAAGAAUACCUCUUCCGUGUUGCAGCUGAAAACAAAUUUGGCAGAGGGACCCCGUGUGUAUCGGCUCCAGUUCUAGCAAAGAAUCCCUUUGAUCCUCCGGAGGCACCUGACAAGCCAGAAAUUGAGGACAUUACUGCUAAUAGUAUGCUUGUUACCUGGAAUGAACCAAAAGACAAUGGCAGUCCCAUUUUAGGCUACUGGAUCGAGCGACGUGAAAUCAACAGUACACACUGGGCCAGAGUAAACCGUAGUAUACAUAAGUCACGAGAAAUUAGAGUUGAAGGCCUUAUUGAAAGUUUGACUUAUAUAUUCAGGGUCUGUGCUGAAAACUUAGCUGGACCUGGAAAGUUCAGCGUACCAUCUGAUCCGAAGACUGCACAACAUCCGAUCUCACCACCUGGUCCACCAACUCCGAGGAUUGUUGAUACUACUCAGUUCUCCAUUGACGUGGCUUGGGAUCCACCUAAAGACAAUGGUGGUGGAGAUAUUCUGGGGUACCAUGUUGAUAAAGUUCUGGCGGGAACAAAAGAUUGGUCCCGUGCCACAGACAGGCUAUGGAAGGACCAAAAGUUUACCAUGUGUGGAGUAAGAGAGGGUGCAAAAUACAUUGUUCGUGUGAUAGCUGUCAAUGCAGCAGGGGAAGGACCACCUGGGUUGACUGAACCUGUAAUAGUCAGAGAACCUCAAGAGCCUGCAUUUGUGGAGCUUGACAUUUCUGUUAGGAAUGGUGUUACUAUCAUGGCUGGUGAAACACUAAAGUUGCCUGCACUUGUGAAGGGUAGACCUCCACCAUAUGUUGUGUGGACAAAGGAUGAUGGAAAACUUGACAAAGACAGAGUUGUUAUUGAAUCUGUUGACAAGAACAGUAUACUUACUAUUGAGAAAAUCACAAGAAAGGAUCCUGGCAAGUACCAAAUCACUGCAAAGAACAGCAGCGGUGCCAAAUCUGCUUGGACCAGAGUUGAAGUAAUGGAUGUUCCUGGGCCCGUGCUUGAGCUGAAGCCUGUCAUUGUCAACAGAAAGAUGAUUUUUUUGAACUGGUCUGAUCCUGAAGAUGAUGGUGGAAGUGCUAUCACUGGUUUCAUAAUUGAAAGAAAGGAUGCAAAGAUGCACACGUGGAGACAGCCAAUAGACACCCCUGCCUCCAAAUGCGAAAUUGUAGGUAUUGUUGGAGGACAGGAAUAUACAUUCCGUGUGAUUGCGAAGAACAAGUAUGGAUUGGGAACCCCAGUUGUGAUUGGCCCUAUUCUUGCAGUGGAUCCAAAAGGUCCACCAACUUCCCCAGAGAGAUUCGACUACAAUGAGAGGACUAAGUCAUCUGUAACUCUGUGCUGGAGACCUCCUCGUAAUGAUGGAGGAAGCCCCAUUUUGGGUUACUUUGUUGAGAAGAAGAGGAAAGAUGCACCAGCAUUUGAGCCUGCCAAUAAGGAGAUUUGCAAGGACCUCACGUUGACAGUGGAUAAACUUUCAGAACUUCAUAUGUAUGAAUUCCGCGUGAAGGCAGUGAAUGAGAUUGGGGAGAGUGAGCCUUCACUUCCACUAAAUGUUAUCAUUCAAGAUGAUGAAGUUGCCCCGACCUUGACAAUGUUGAGGCACUUCAGGGGAGAUACACUAAACAUCAAGAAAGGAGAACCCAUUGAAAUCCCUGCUGAGGUUACAGGGUUACCAUUUCCAAAAGUGGAAUGGUUUAAGGAUGAAGUUGUUAUUGAUAAACCAGCCAAGCCACUUUCGAUCCAGACCGAGAUGAUGAACAGAACAACAGCUAAAACCAGCCUUAAUGUCCCUGAAGGUGUCAGAAAAGACAGAGGGCUAUACACAGUUAUGGCCUCAAACCGUCUUGGAUCGGUUAAUCACUCAGUCACAGUGGAGGUGUUCGACCGCCCAACGCCACCAAAAAAUAUUGUGCUUUCUAACAUCAAAGCUGAAUCUUGUUACCUGACUUGGGACGCUCCUGUGGAUAAUGGAGGCAGUGAGAUCACAAAUUAUAUUAUUGACAAGCGAGAUGCCAAGAAGGAGGGCUCUGAUUGGGAGGAGCUUAAUAACAGCAUAAUUGAUAGGCGAUAUGGGGUUUGGACACUGGAAAAUGGUGGUACAUACCAAUUCAGAAUAAGAGCUGAGAACAGAUAUGGCAUCAGUGACAGCUGUGAAUCAGAAGUUGUCAAUAUCAAGGAUCCUUUCAGUCUCGCUGGUCCACCAGGGAAGCCAGUGGUUGCCAAGCACACUAAGGACUCCAUGCUUGUGACAUGGGAGCCUCCUCUUGACGAUGGAGGAUCCACAAUUACAGGCUACUGGCUUGAGAAGAAAGAGAAAGGAUCUGCUUACUGGGCUCGUGUGAACAGGACUCCCAUCUCAAAACGCGGUUUGAAAGGCUGGGAAUUCAGUGUGCCUCGUCUAAUUGAAGGUGUUGAAUACCAAUUCCGUGUAAUGGCCUGCAAUGCAGCUGGUGUUGGACCCCCGAGUGAACCAUCAGAUCCUGUAUUAGCUGUGGAACCUCUCUAUCCUCCUGGCAUGCCAUCAACCCCAGAAAUUGAUGAUGUAACUAAGGACAGUGUGACUCUUUCUUGGAAUCCUCCAGAGAACGACGGUGGCAGACCUAUUAAAGGCUAUAUCAUUGAAAAACAGGAUGAGGGCACAUCUGAAUGGUCAAGAGUGAAUGAACCAGACCAGCUGCAUCCAACCACCAAAUUCACUGUUCCGAAUCUCAGAGAACUGAAAAAGUACAGGUUCAGAGUUAUUGCAGUUAAUGAUAUUGGUGAAUCUGAGCCAAGUCCCAAAACAUAUGAUGUCCUUGUCAAGGAAAUUCAAGAGGAGCCAAAGAUCACUGUGGAUGUUAACGUACAAGACCUGCUGUUUUGCAAAGCUGGUUCCACAAUCAGAAUCCCUGCUACCGUCAAAGGACGCCCCAUUCCAAAAGUUACAUGGGAGUUUGAAGGAGGAGCAAAGACCGAAAUGAAAGAUCGUAUUCAUGUCCUCCCAGUUGACUCGGAAAUUCAGUCGGCUGAAACAACAUCAACAAUCACGAUCCCUGUGUGCAACAGAAGCCAUUCAGGGAGAUACACUAUCACAGCCAAAAACAAGGCUGGCCAGAAAUCUGCUAAUGUUAGAGUCAAUGUAUUUGAUGUGCCAGGGCCUCCCAAAGAAUUAAAAGUUACUGAUGUUACAAGAAGUACUUGCAGACUUAUAUGGAAACUUCCUGAUAAUGAUGGUGGUGAGAGAAUCAAGAGUUACUUCAUUGAGAAGAAGGCUGUGGGAGGGAAGGCCUGGACAAAGGUCAACCCUGCUUGUGCUAGUCAGGCUUUUGUUGUCCCUGACCUCCUUGAGGGACAGGAGUACCUGUUCCGUGUCCGUGCAGAGAAUCGCUUAGGAUUGGGACCACACGCAGAGACUACUGAAGGCGCUAAGGCUAGAGAUCCCAUCUAUCCCCCUGAUCCUCCCACAAAGGUCAAAAUUAAUCUUGUGACUAAGGACACAGUAACACUGACUUGGGUGCCACCUAAGAACAAUGGAGGGGCUCCUGUGACACACUACAUCAUUGAGCGCUUAAGCUGGGACACCAGUGGAAAGGAAAAGGAAACCUGGAAACAGUGCAAUAAGCGUGAUGUUGAGGAGACCACAUUCAAGGUUGAAGACCUAAAAGAGGGUGGAGAGUAUGAGUUCCGUGUCAAGGCUGUUAACGAGGCUGGUGCAAGCAGACCAUCUGCUACUGCUGGACCAAUCAUUGUAAAAGACCAGACAUGUGCACCUACUAUCGAACUCAAAGAGUUCAUGGAAGGAGUGGAAGGAACUGAUAUCAACAUUGUUGCUAAGGUUAAGGGCUGUCCAUUCCCUACCCUAACUUGGCAAAAGGCUUCACUUCAUAAGACUGAUGAUAAGCGUGAUGUUCAAUAUGAUCAACAUGUCAACAAGCUUGUGUCUGAUGAUAAAUGUACACUGCUGAUGCAACAGAGCAAGAGAGAAGAUACUGGUCUAUACACGCUCACUGCGAGUAACAGCCUUGGGAAGGCCUCCAAAGAGAUUAGACUCACAGUCCUGGGACGUCCUGGGCCACCAAUUGGACCCAUAAAGUUUGAGGAAAUCUUUGCUGAAAGAAUUACCCUCUCCUGGCAACCACCCAAAGAUGAUGGUGGUUCAGCAAUCACCAACUAUGUUGUUGAAAAACGAGAAGACAAUAGGAAGUCAUGGGUUCAUGUUUCUGAUGCACCAAAAGAGUGCCUGUAUACAGUCCAAAGACUGACAGAGGGCCAUGAAUAUGUGUUCCGUGUUAUGGCCCAAAAUAAAUAUGGAGUCGGCCCACCCCUCAACAGUGAACCUGAGAAAGCCAGAAAUCUUUUUACUGUCCCUGGCCAGUGUGACAAGCCAACUGUCACAGAUGUUACUCGGGACUCCAUGACAGUUCACUGGGAAGAGCCAGAAUAUGAUGGUGGAUCUAUGGUCACUGGCUACUGGUUAGAGCGCAAAGAGACAACAUCCAAGCGUUGGACGAGAGUGAACCGUGAUCCAAUCAGGAUUAUGCCCCUUGGUGUGUCCUUCAAUGUGACUGGUCUUAUUGAGGGAUCCCAAUACCAGUUCCGUGUGUCAGCCAUCAAUGCUGCAGGAUGUGGGCUUCCAAGUUUACCUUCAGAUCCUGUUACUGCUAGAGACCCCAUUGCACCACCUGGACCUCCUUUGCCUAAAGUAACUGACUGGACUAAGUCAACUGUUGAUUUGGACUGGAUUCCUCCACUAAAUGAUGGUGGGUCAAAGAUUACCGGAUACUUUGUAGAAUAUAAAGAAGAGGGAAAAGAAGAAUGGGAAAAAGCCAAAGAUAGAGAAAUAAGAGGCACUAAGUUUGUGGUUAGUGGACUGAAAGAGCUUGGACUUUACAGAUUUAGAGUCAGAGCAGUAAAUGCAGCAGGUGUGGGUGAACCUGGUGAAGUCUCUGAAGUGAUUCAAGUUAAGGACCGGACAAUUGCUCCUGAGGUGGACCUGGAUGCUUCUGUGAAGGAGAAGAUUGUUGUUCAUGCCGGCGGCGUGAUCCGGAUCUUAGCCUAUGUGUCCGGCAAGCCUGCACCCCAGAUCACAUGGAACAGAGAUGACGCUCCAAUUCCUGAAGAAGCUGUUGUUGAGACUACUGCCAUAAGUUCUGCUCUGGUGAUCAAGAAAUGUCAGCGAAAACAUCAAGGUAUAUAUACCUUGAGUGUUAAGAAUGAAGGUGGUGAAAGAAAGAAAAACAUCAUUGUUGAAGUACUGGAUGUCCCUGGCCCAGUUGGGAGACCCUUUACAGGCGAAAACCUCACUAAUGACUCAUGCAAGUUAAUAUGGUCCUCCCCUGAAGAUGAUGGUGGAUCAGCCAUCACAAACUACGUCAUUGAGAAGCGUGAAUCUGACCUCAGGGGAUGGACAGCUGUGUCCUACACUGUCACCAGACACAAUGCUGUUGUACAGGGUCUACUUGAUGGAAAAUCCUAUUUCUUCAGAAUUGCUGCUGAGAAUAUCAUUGGAAUGGGGCCAUUUAUUGAAACAACUUCCCCAGUGACUAUCAAGGAUCCUAUCUCUGUCCCUGAGCGCCCUGAGGAUCUGGAGGUCACAGCCAUUACAAAGGAUUCAGUCAGCGUGAUUUGGAGACCACCUAAGUAUGAUGGAGGCUCUGAAAUUACCUCAUAUGUUUUGGAAGCUCGUCAAAUUGGACAAGACCAUUUCACCCCUGUCACUAAGGACAAGCUUUUGGAAAGAAAAUACACUCACACUGGUCUUAAGGAGGGUUCCUGCUAUGAGUUCCGUGUUAGUGCUGUGAAUGUAGUGGGUCAAGGCAAACCUUCCUUCUGCACUAAACCGGUCACUUGCAAAGAUGAGCUUGAACCCCCCAAACUUGACCUGGAAUUCCAUGACAAGCUUAUUGUCCGUGCUGGCAAGCCUUGCACUCUCCAAGGUCGCUUUAGUGGAAAACCAGCACCAUCCAUUAAAUGGACUAAGAAUGAUGAGGAGCUGAAAUCAGAUGACCACAUCUCUUUAACGACUGCUCAUAACACAUUGUGCUUGAGCAUUGCCAAAGCUAAGCGUGAAGACAGUGGCCAAUACUGUGUGCUUGUGGAGAACAGUACUGGCUCACGUAAAGGGAUCUGUAAUGUGACUGUUGUCGAUCGCCCACAGCCCCCUGAGGGCCCAGUUGUCUUUGAUGAGGUUUACAGAGAUCAUAUGGUAAUUUCCUGGAAGCCCCCCCUCGAUGAUGGUGGAAGUGCAAUUACUAACUAUAUUGUUGAGAAGAGAGAUACAAACAGAGAUCUUUGGAUGCCUGUGACAUCUUCUGCUACAAGGACAUCAUGCAGAGUGCCCAAACUCAUUGAAGGAAGAGACUAUAUCAUAAGAAUCUGUGCACAAAACGUUUAUGGAAUUAGUGAACCACGGCUUUCCGCAGAGAUGAGAGCCAAAGAUAUAUUCAGAGUUCCUGAGGCUCCCAAGCAGCCUGUAGUGAAAGAAGUAUACAAAGAUACUGUUCUGCUGACUUGGAACCAGCCUCGUGAUGGUGGCAAACCCAUUACAAACUACAUUGUAGAGAAGAGGGAAACUAUGUCAAACAGAUGGACACGUGCUGGCACGGACCGUAUUUAUCCUGACCCAGAGUACUGGGUUCCAGAUCUUCUUCGUGGCUGUGAAUAUGAGUUCCGGGUCAUGGCAGAGAAUGAAGUUGGUGUUGGUGACCCUAGUCCGCCAUCCAAGCCUGUCUUUGCCAAAGAUCCAGUUGUGGUCCCAAGCCCUCCUGUACUCCUAGAAGCCGUGGACAAGACAAAGAAUUCAGUAACACUGUCCUGGAAGCCCCCACUCAAUGAUGGUGGGGGCAAGAUCAUUGGCUAUUUCAUUGAGUAUCUGAAGGCUGGCCAGGAAGAGUGGUUGAAGGUCAAUGAGACUGCUGAAUCAUGCCCAGAAACAAAGUUCAAAGUUGGCAACCUUGAAGACGAUCAACUGUAUCGGUUUAGAGUUAUGGCUGUGAAUUCUGCAGGUGCUUCUGAACCUGCUGAUGUCAAGGAACCAGUGAGGGCACAGGAUAGACUUGAACCACCAGAGCUGGACCUUGAGGCUGGUAUGCCUCGUGAGCUUCGUGCCAUGGCAGGAACUCUUAUCAAAAUUAGGGCUGGGAUCAAGGGCAUACCUUUCCCCAAAGUUACAUGGAAGAAGAAUGAUGCAGAUAUUCCUCCAAGGGCUGAAAUUACAGUCACUGGUGUGGGAAGCAAACUGGAAAUGCGUUAUUGUAACCGAUCUGACUCUGGAGAUUACAGUCUAACUGCUGAAAAUCCUUCCGGAUCAAAGACAGCAAUAUGCACAGUGCUUGUGUUAGAUAAACCUGGUCCUCCACAAAAUCUGAGGGUUUCUGAGGUCAGAAGUGAUUCAGCCUAUCUUUCUUGGAAAGACCCAGAAGAUAAUGGAGGAGCUCGUAUUACCAAUUUUGUGGUGGAAAAGAAAGAUGUGGCCUCAGCACAGUGGGUACCUGUCUGCUCCUCAUCCAAGAAGCGCAGCAUGACGGCUAAGCACUUGAUGGAGGGAACACAGUAUGUGUUCCGUGUUGCUGCUGAAAAUCAGUUUGGCAGAAGUGAAUAUGUUACAACAACAAAAGCCAUCAAAGCAAUCGAUCCUUUGUUCCCACCUGGUCCACCAAAGAAUCUGCAUCAUGUAGAUGCAGACAAAACUGAAGUCUGGCUUCAGUGGAAUUGGCCAGAUCGCACAGGAGGCAGUGAUAUUACUGGUUUCUUAGUGGAAUACCAAGUGGAAGGAGAGAAAGACUGGACCGUCUUCAAAACUGUCAGCAUUCCUGAAUGUCAUGUAACUGGACUGGAGGAGGGAAAGACAUACAGAUUCCGUGUUAAAGCAGAAAAUGCCAUUGGCUUGAGUCGUCCUGACACCACAGUACCAGUACUCUGCCAGGAGAAACUUGUGCCACCGACCGUUGAAGUGGAUGUGAAACUAAUUGAAGGUAUUAUUGUGAAAGCUGGAACUACAAUCAGACUCCCUGCAAUUAUGAGAGGCAUCCCUAUCCCCACUGCUAAAUGGAUGAUUGACGGCAGUGAAAUCAAAAGUGAAGGCAAUGUCAAAGUUGACACUGAUCAUUAUUCAACAAUCCUCACUAUAAGUGAGUGUACAAGAAAUGAUACAGGAGUUUAUCUUCUCACAGUUUCAAACCCCGCUGGAAGCAAGACAGUUGCAUUGCAUGUGACAGUUCUUGAUGUCCCAGCCCCACCUGUUGGCCCAGUUAAUAUCCUAGAAGUGACACCUGAGUACAUGAUAAUUGACUGGCGUCCUCCCAAGGAUGAUGGUGGAAGCCCUGUAAUGAAUUACAUUGUUGAGAAAAGAGAAUCGAAGAAAGAGACAUGGGGAGGCGUGAGCUCAGGUAGUACCAGUACAAAAGUUAAAAUCCCUCGUUUACAGAAGGGCUGUGAAUAUAUUAUUCGUAUUCGAGCAGAAAACAAGAUUGGUAUAGGUGCACCCCUUGAAAGCGCUCCAACUGUUGCUCAACAUAUGUUUGAACCACCUAGCCAUCCAGGUAAACCAAACACAUCUGAUAUCGCAGAAAAUGCUGUGACUGUUAGUUGGACUAUGCCAUUGUGUGAUGGUGGUAGUCCAAUCACUGGCUACAUAAUUGAGCGAAGACACAAGGAAGGAAAAUGGAUUCGUGUGAACAAGACUCCUGUAAAGGAACUCAGAUACAGGGUCCUUGGACUUUUUGAAGGUAACAGUUAUGAGUUCAGAGUCUUUGCAGAAAAUAUUGCUGGCUUCAGUGGACCUUCUCCUGUGUCAGACCCAGUUAAGCCAUCUCGACCAAUAACAGUACCUGGACCACCAGUAAACCCUAAAUUGAAGGACUGGAGCAAAUCCUCUGCUGACUUAGUAUGGACAAAGCCAACAAGAGAUGGAGGCAGUCCCAUAUUAGGUUAUAUCAUUGAGUGCCAGAAAGCAGACAGUACUGAAUGGGAAAGAAUCAACAAGGAUGAUCUUAUUAAGCAGUGCGCAUUUAGAGUGUCAGGCCUAAUUGAAGGCACAGAAUAUAGGUUCCGUGUUAGAGCCUCCAAUAUGAUAGGAGAUGGUGAGCCUAGAGAACUUCCUGAAUCACUUAUUGCCAAAGACAUCUGCCUUCCCCCAGAAAUUGAACUUGAAGUUGGAUGCCGUGACCAUUUGACUGUCAGAGUAGGCCAGAAUAUUAAUAUUAUAGCUCAUGUUAAGGCCAGACCUGAUCCAGAGAUUACCUGGUGCAAGGAUGAGGUAGUAUUGGAAAAAGAUAAACGCAUUUCUUUUACUAGUAACUUCCCUCUUGUCAAUAUUAUCAUCAAAGAAGCAACAAGAGCAGAUUAUGGAAAAUAUGUCAUUAAAGCUAAAAAUGACAGUGGUGAAGCACAAGCUACAAUUACAGUGAAUGUGCUUGACAGGCCUGGACAGUGUCGAGGUCUGAAGACAACCUAUGUGACUAAAGAUUCUUGUGUGGUAUCAUGGGAGAAUCCAGAAGACAAUGGAGGCACAGAAAUUACGAACUAUAUUGUUGAGUGCCGUGAGCCCAGUCAAAGGGCAUGGUCAAUGGUUUCAUCAGAUUGCACUAACCGCCUCCUUAAGGCAAAGCUUUUGGAAAAUCGUGAAUAUUUCUUCCGCGUCUGUGCAGAGAACAAAUGUGGCCUUGGACUAGCAAUAGAGACUAAAACACCAAUUCUUGCUAUUGACCCAAUUUCAAAGCCUGGUGAGCCAGAGAACUUCCAUAUCACUGAAAUUGGCAAGAACUUUGUCUUCCUUAAAUGGCGAAGACCAGACUAUGAUGGCGGCAGCCCCAACCUCGCAUACCAUGUGGAAAGGAAAUCUAAAGAUGCUACUGAGUGGGAAAAACUGCACAAAGGUGCAAUAAAGGAAACAUACUUUAUGGUUGACAAAUGUACGGAAAACCAAAUAUACCAGUUCAGAGUACAAACCACAAAUGAGGGUGGAGAGAGUAACUGGGUGAAAACAGCUGAAACACUUGUCAAAGAAGAAAUACAGAAACCCGUUCUUGACAUCAAGUUAGCUGGAGCCCUUGUGGUAAAAGCUGGUGACUCAAUCAGAAUGGAAGCAGGACUCAGAGGGAAACCUCAACCUGAAGUUAAAUGGGUGAAGGACAAGGAUACAGGGGAAUUUGGACAGAGUCCAAGAAUUAGCGUUGAAACUGGUGCCGACUAUUCUAAGUUCCUUAUGACUAAGUCUAAACGUGGAGACUCUGGAAAAUAUGUGGUCACUGCUACAAAUUCUGCUGGAAGCUUCACUGCUUAUGCAACUGUGAAUGUGCUGGACGUUCCCGGUCCUGUCAGAGACUUAAAAGUGUCUGGCAUUUCUGUGGACAGAUGUAGAGUGGUAUGGGAUCCCCCAGAGGACGAUGGUGGCUGUGAGGUUCAGAGUUACAUUUUAGAGAAAUGUGAGACAAGAAGAAUGGUUUGGUCUACUUACUCUGCAUCUUUAGUUACAAACUAUGCUAAUGUGACUCGCCUCGUGGAAGGAAAUGAAUACAUCUUCAGGGUGCGAGCAGAGAAUAAAAUGGGUACUGGCCCUCCAAUGGAGAGCAAACCCAUUGUUGCCAAGACACAAUUCAACAGACCUGGUCCUCCUGAUCCACCAGAAGUCACUAAGAUUGGAAAGGAUGAAAUGACAGUUGUAUGGGCUCCCCCUGAGAAUAAUGGUGGGAAGUCCAUCACUGGUUAUAUUUUAGAAAGAAAGGAAAAACGUGCUGUACGAUGGGUUCCUGUUACAAAGAGCCCUAUACCAGAAAGGCGCAUGAAAGUUAAUAACUUACUUCCUAAUCAUGAAUAUCAGUUUCGCGUCAAGGCUGAAAAUGAAGUUGGAUUGGGAGAGCCAAGUAAACCUUCCCGAUCUGUUGCCGCAAAGGACCCAAUUGAACCUCCAGGUCCUCCAGGCAGUUUGAAGGUGGUUGACAGCACAACGUCCUCAGUCACACUUGGGUGGGCAAAACCUGUGUAUGAUGGUGGUGCUCCCAUUAUUGGCUACAUGGUUGAAAUGAGACUGAAAGGUGAAAGUGAUAAGCCAGAGGAAGGCUGGAAGAAAUGUAAUACUGGUGGUCCGUUGGUCCUGACAGAAUUUACCAUUCCAAAUCUAGAUGAAAAACUGGAGUAUGAAUUCCGUGUUUCGGCACAAAAUCAGGUUGGCAUAGGUCGUCCUGCACAGCUUAAAGAUGCUGUAAUGCCAAAGGAAAUACUAGAGGCACCUGAAAUAGAUUUGGAUGCUAGUCUGCGAAAAGUUCUUAAAGUCAGAGCUGGAUGUCCUAUUAGGCUCUUUGCCACAAUCAGAGGAAGACCCACACCUAAAGUAACCUGGAAAAGAGUUGGAAUUGAUAAUGUCGUCAGGAAGGGUCAUGUGGAUCUGGUUGACACAAUGACAUUCCUGGUCAUCCCUGAAAGCACACGUGAUGACUCUGGAAAAUAUUCCUUAACACUUUCCAGCCCAGCUGGGGAGAAGGCUGUGUUUGUACAUGUCAAAGUUCUAGAUACUCCAGGACCUGUAGCAGGACUGGAAGCAACUGAUGUCACCAAAGUGUCUGCCCAGGUUACUUGGUCUCCUCCUGAGAACGAUGGUGGCAGUCCAGUCACACACUACUCACUUGAAAAGCGUGAAGUUGACAGAAAGACAUGGACUAAUGUCACCAACGAUUUGAAAAAGACAAGUUUCAAAAUCACCAAUCUCACACCAGGCAUUGAAUACUAUUUCAGGGUUACUGCAGUUAACAAAUAUGGUCCUGGUGUGCCAAAAGAUUCUCCAAAGUCCUACCUGGCAACUGAUCCUAUCAGUGAACCUGACCCACCGAAGAAGAUGGAAAUACUGGACAUUUCACGAAACAGUGCAGUGCUGGGAUGGAUUAAACCACUGAGAGAUGGAGGAGCGAAGAUAAAUGGUUAUGUUGUUGAUUACUUGGAGGAAGGUCAACCUGAGGACAAAUGGACACCAUACUCAGUUGUAAAAGAUUUAAGUAUUGUUGUUGUUGGACUGAAGGAGGGCAAGAAGUACAAAUUCAGAGUUGCAGCAAGAAAUGCAGUGGGCUGCAGUCUGCCAAGAGAAGCUGAGGGAGUGUUUGAGAUCAAAGAGCAGCUGUUGGCACCAAAAAUUAUUAUGCCUGAAGUUGUGACCGCGAAGGCAGGAUCAAAGCUGAAAAUCGAGGCUCUUGUCUCUGGAAAGCCAGCGCCAGUAUGUAAAUGGAUGCGAGGAAAUGAGGAUGUUGUUACAUCCGAUCGCCUUUCAAUUAAAAAAUCUCCAAACUAUUGUUUGCUGUUUAUAAAAGAUGUCUCAAGAAUGGACAGUGGUUACUACAGCCUGUCUGCCGAGAACAGCACAGCAAAAGUCAAUCAGAUACUGAGAGUCAUCAUAAUGGAUAUCCCUGGUCCACCAGAACCACCAUUUGAGAUUAGUGAUGUGGAUAUUGAUUCGUGCGCACUCACCUGGCACGCACCUCGUGAAGAUGGCGGAAGCAACAUCACUAACUAUGUGGUUGAGAAGUGUGAUGUGAGCAGAGGUGACUGGGUUACUGCUUCUGCAUCCUGUACCGCAACCAACUGCAGAGUAGGAAAGCUCACAAAAGGAAACGAGUAUCUGUUCCGUGUUCGGGCUGAGAAUCGCUUUGGCAUCUCAGCACCUAUUGUUUCUGAGAAGAUGGUUGCUAAGUUCUCUUUUGAUGUACCUAGUGAACCAAGGAACUGCUGUGUCAGCAAAAUCAACAAGGAUAAUGUGUUUUUGACAUGGGACACACCAACCACUGAUGGUGGCAGUCCUAUUACUGGAUAUAUCAUUGAACGUAAAGAGAGAAACAGCCUCCUUUGGGUCCAGGCAAAUGAAACUGCUGUACGUUCCACUGAAUACACAUGUACUGGCCUUAUCGAAAGAUUGGAAUAUACUUUCAGGGUGUCAGCCCUCAAUCGUGCUGGACAGGGUAAACCAAGCAAACAGACUGAAUUCAUCACAGCAAGAAUGCCUGUCGAUCCACCUGGCAAACCGGAAGUCUUGGACGUGACCAAGAGUUCAGUUUCACUUCUCUGGGCCCGUCCAAACAAUGAUGGAGGUAGCAAAAUCCUUGGAUAUUAUGUUGAAGCCAUGAAGAUUCCUGAAGAGAAAUGGGUGCGAUGCAAUGCAAACUAUCAGAAUGUGCCCACGGAAGAGUAUACUGCAACUGGACUGGAAGAAGGAGCUCAAUACCAGUUCAGAGUAAUUGCCAAGACAGCAAUAAACAUCAGCCCACCAUCUGAACUCUCAGAUCCAAUCCUAGUGUUGGCUGAGAAUGUUCCACCAAGAGUGGAGAUUGGACUUCACAUGAAGAACCUGAUCAUAGUGAAGGCUGGAGAAAAUGUUUGUCUUGAAGCUGAAGUGUUUGGCAAGCCAAUGCCAAAGGUUACAUGGAAGAGAGAUGGGCAAUUGGUGGAAGUAGUUGAAGGGACCAAAAUCACACAGAAGAGGCAUCUGUGCCUUCUGGAAAUGUUCUCAGUGACAAGAAAAGAGACUGGAGAUUACACCAUUCUGGCCGAGAAUGCAAGUGGCAGCAAGUCAGGCUCCAUUAAGCUGAAGGUUCUUGACAAGCCUGGACCACCAGCCUCUAUCAAGAUUGGCAAUGUGUAUGCAGAUCGUGUCAAGCUGAGGUGGGAACCACCUCUUGCAGAUGGAGGAUCAGAAAUUACCAACUAUAUUGUUGACAAACGUGAAACAAGCAGACCUAACUGGGCUCAAGUCACAGCUAAUAUCAAUGGCCAGCUCACUGACUGCUCUGUGGAGAGGCUGAUUGAAGGCCAUGAGUACCAAUUUCGUGUCAGUGCUGAGAACAAGUAUGGUGUUGGUGACCCCAUCCUGACUGAGCCUAUUGUUGCAAAGAAUCCAUAUGAUGUCCCUGGACCUUGUGAUCCUCCUAUUAUUACCAACGUCACAAAAGACCAUAUGACUGUAAGUUGGAAGGCACCUGCUGAUGAUGGUCAAGCUCCUAUUCUUGGAUACAUGGUGGAGAAGCGUGAAAGCCAAGAAGUGAAUUGGGCUAAAGUCAACAGAAGGCCUGUGAUUGAUAGAACUAUUAAGGCUGGUGGUCUCACAGAGGGAUCUGAGUAUGAAUUCAGAGUUAUUGCUAUCAACAAAGCUGGCCCAGGAAAGCCAAGUGAUCCAUCCAGAGCUGCUGCUGCACUUGAUCCUGUGUAUCCCCCAGGACCACCAGCAUUCCCAAAAGUUAUUGACACAACACACAGUUCAAUUAGUCUGGCCUGGACAAAACCAGCUUAUGAUGGUGGCUGUGAGAUCCUAGGCUACCUGGUUGAGUGCAAACGAGCAGAUUCGGAUGACUGGUUAAAGUGCAACCUGCCCAAAAAUCUACAAGACACAAAGUAUGUUGUUACCGGACUUCUUGAUAACACAGAAUACCAGUUCCGUGUGUCUGCUGUGAACAAGAUUGGGUUCAGUGAUCCAAGUGACGUUCCUGAAAAACACCUUGCAAAGGACAUUUUGAUUGCUCCAGAGGCAGAACUUAGUGCCGAUCUUAGGAAAGCCCUGGUGCUGCGUGCUGGAGUCACAAUGAGACUCUAUGUCCCGCUGAGGGGCCGUCCUCCUCCAAAGGUGACCUGGGCCAAGGUUAAUGCAAACCUAAAGGAAAGAGAAGGGCAUAUGAUUAAGACCUCAGAAUGGGACACACUAUUAUAUGUCGAAGGUGUAACUAGAUACGAUGCAGGCAAAUACACCUUGACUCUGGAGAACAGCAGUGGAGUGAAGACCUACACAAUUGUCGUAAAGGUUCUCGACACUCCUGGACCACCAGUGAAUUUGAUUGUCAAGGAGACAUCAAAAACCCAUGCAUCAAUCGCUUGGGAUGUUCCUGUAAUUGAUGGUGGAAGCCCUGUGAAGAGUUACAUUGUUGAAAAACGUGAUCCUGAAAGAAAAGCCUGGUCCACAGUGGCAACUGAUUGCCCCAAAACAUCUUUCAGAAUUACUAAUUUGGAAGCAGGCAAACUCUACUGUUUCAGAGUCUUGGCUGAAAAUGAAUAUGGAAUUGGGGAGGCAUGUGAGACAGCUGGCGCUGUAAGAGCGUCUGAAAAACCUGGACCUGUUGUGGACUUUAAAGCCUUACUGGUCACCAAAGAUUCAUGCACCCUUAGCUGGAAGAAGCCAGUCAGUGAUGGUGGGAGUCACAUUAUUGCGUAUGUGCUAGAAGUAAUGGAAGAAGUAGAUAAAUGGAAGGAGCUGGUGAGAUCAAAGAACAUGCAGUACAAUGCUAAAGAUCUUGUGGAAGGAAAGGAAUAUUCCUUCAGAGUAAAAGCAGUGAAUGAGGCAGGAGAUAGUGAAACACAGGAGCUUAACGUUGUUGCCAAAGACCAAAUAGUCCUACCUGAAUUUGACUUGAGCGGCUUGCCAGAUAUGUGCUACAUUGCAAAGGAGGGAACUACCGUGCGCCUCAAUAUUCCCAUAAUUGGAAAGCCUGCACCUACUGUCACAUGGAAGAAGGGAGAUGCUACUUUAACUGACAGUGGAAGAAUCUCUGUUGAGUCUACUGCUGUCAGCACAACUCUUCUGAUACGUGAUUGCCAAAGGGGUGAUGCGGCAAAAUACUCAAUUACUCUUAAAAACACAGGAGGCACCAAAGAUGCAACUAUUCUUGUGAAGGUGGUCGGAAAACCUGGAAUACCCACAGGACCUAUCAAGUUUGAUGAAGUCACUGCAGAUGGAAUCACUUUGGAAUGGGGUGCACCAAAGGAUGAUGGUGGAUCAGAAAUAUCCAAUUACAUUCUGGAGAAGAGGGUGUCAACAGCUAACAAGUGGGUUACUUGUGCUUCAGCUAUACAGAAAACAACCAUGAGAGUUACAAGGCUUCAUGAAGGAACUGAAUACAUCUUCAGAGUAGCGGCAGAAAACAAAUAUGGAGUUGGAGAAUUCCUCAAAUCAGAUCCUGUCAAGGCUGAGCAUCCUUUCGAUGUUCCAGAUGCACCGCCUCCUCCACAUAUCCUGAGCAUCCGUAAUGAUUCUGCAAUACUGACAUGGAUUGACCCAAGCAACACUGGUGGCUCACCAAUUACUGGAUAUCAUGUUGAAUUCAAGGAAGGGAACAGUCUGAUGUGGAAGAGAGCAAGCAAGACUCCUCUAAGAAUGAAGGAGUACAGAGUGACUGGAUUAAUUGAAGGCCUUGAAUAUGAAUUCAGAGUCAUGGCUUUGAAUAUGGCCGGUGUAGGAAAGCCAAGUAAACCUACUGACCUCCUUGUUGCACUGGACCCAAUUGACCCGCCUGGUAAACCUGAAGUUAUUAGCCUUACAAGAAACACUGUAACACUUACCUGGACUGCACCUAAGUAUGAUGGUGGCCACAAACUGACUGGCUACAUAGUUGAGAAACGAGAACUACCUGCAAAGACUUGGAUGAAGGCAAACCAUGUGAAUAUCCAUGCUUGUGCAUACACAGUGACAGAUCUACAAGAGGGCAGCAAGUACGAAUUCAGAAUACGAGCUAAGAAUGCAGCUGGAGCAAUAAGUGCACCAUCAGAGCAAACUGACACUCUUGUGUGCAAAGAUGAAUAUGAGCCACCAACCAUAACCAUGGAUCCAGCUGUGAAGGAGGGGCUUACAGUCAAAGCUGGUGACACUAUUGUAAUAGCUGCAACAAGCAUAAUUGGAAAGCCACCUCCAACCUCUGUGUGGUCAAUAGGUGAAAGAGAGUUCAAGCCAUCGGAUACUGUCCAAAUAGCAAGCACUCCAACAUCUUCUGUGCUAUCAAUCAAGUAUGCCAGCAGGAAGAAUACUGGUGACUAUGUAAUUACUGCCAGCAAUCCAUUUGGCAUAAAACAGGAAUCUGUUAAAGUAAAGGUUCUUGAUGUUCCGGGACCCCCAGGACCUAUUGAAGCCAGCAGUGUGUCUGCUGAAAAAGCCACAUUAACAUGGCUGCCACCAGAUGAGGAUGGAGGCUCUGCCAUCAAAUCUUACACUCUUGAGAAGAGGGAAACCAGUCGCCUUCUUUGGACUGUGCUAGCUGAGAAUGUCAUGGACUGCCGGUUUGUCGCCAGCAAGCUUAUCCAAGGCAAUGAAUAUAUCUUCCGUGUUUCGGCUGUGAACCAGUAUGGUAUUGGUGAUGCAACACAGUCUGGCCCAGUGAAAAUGGUGGAUUGCUUUGGCCCACCAGGCCCUCCAUCAAAACCAGCAGUUGACAAUGUGAGCAAGAACUCUGUCACCAUUUCAUGGAAGAGGCCAGUUAAUGAUGGAGGAAGCGAUAUCAGAGGCUACAGUGUUGAAAGAAAGGAAAGGAAAGGUUUGCGAUGGGUUAGAGCAUCAAAGAAAAGCAUCUCUGACCUCAGAUACAAAGUACAAAGUCUCAGUGAAGGAGUUGAAUACGAAUUCCGAGUCACAGCAGAGAAUAAAGCUGGCUUCGGAGAACCCAGCGAACCAUCACAACCUGUGUUGACUAAAGAUGUGACGUAUGUACCAGGGCCGCCAUCCAACCCAAGAAUUACUGAUACUACCAAAACUACAGCUACAUUCAACUGGGGCAGGCCCCACUAUGAUGGUGGUCUUGAUAUCAUAGGAUACAUUGUUGAGCACAAAAAGGAAGGAGAUGAAGACUGGAUUAAAGACACUACUGGCACUGCAUUACGAAUUACUGAAUUUGUUAUUCCAAACCUGCAACCAGGAGGGAAGUAUAAUUUCAGAGUCAGUGCAGUUAAUGCAGAAGGAGUUGGUGAACCAGCUCAAAUUGAGGAACUUGUUGAAGUUGUGGAUCGUGAGGAAAUUCCAGACUUUGAACUUGAUGCUGAAUUGAGAAGAACCCUUGUUGUAAGGGCUGGAUGCUCCAUACGUAUUUUUGUUCAAAUUAAAGGCCGCCCAACCCCUGAAGUAACUUGGAUGAAAGAAGGUGUACCUCUAAAAGGCCGUGCUCACAUUGAUACCACAGAGUCAUAUACUCUCCUGGUUAUCCCUGAAUGCUCAAGACAAGAUGCUGGAAAAUACAUUUUAAUGUUAGAAAAUGUUGCUGGCAAGAAAACAGGAUUUGUUAAUGUCAGAAUUUUGGAUUCGCCUGGACCACCAAUCAACUUGAAGCCAAGAGAAAUUAAUAAAGAGAGUAUUACCCUCCAGUGGGAAAUCCCCAUUAUUGAUGGUGGCUCAAAGAUUACUAAUUACAUCAUUGAGAAACGUGAGGCUACACGAAAGGCAUACUCCACAAUAAAUGCAAACUGGCAGAAAUGUUCUUUUAAAGUUCCAAAUCUGACAGAAGGAAUAGAGUACUACUUCAGAGUAACAGCAGAAAAUGAAUAUGGUAUUGGUCAGCCAGCUGAAACUCCUGACCCCAUCAGAGCAUCUGAAGCACCCACAGCUCCUGAUAAUCUUAUUGUCUCCGAUGUUACCAAGGACUCUGCAAGUCUUUCUUGGACAAAACCAAAGCACGAUGGUGGCAGUAGAAUUACUGGUUAUGUUGUUGAAGCUCAAAAGAAGGAUGCAGAACAGUGGUCCCAUGUUGCUACAGUGAAGGCUCUAGAUUAUACAGUUAAAAAUCUAAGUGAAAAUGAGGAGUAUGUAUUCAGAGUAAUGGCAGUCAACAGUUCUGGCAGAAGUUAUCCUCGAGAUAGUAGACCUGUUCUUAUUAAGGAACAAACUAUGGGACCUGAAUUUGACCUACGUGGAAUCCACCAGAAAUUAGUCAUUGCCCGGGCAGGUGAUAACGUGAAGAUUGAUAUACCUGUUUUGGGUCGUCCAAGACCAUCAGUUUCUUGGAAAAAAGAGGAUAAAGACCUUAAGCAGACACAAAGAAUAAAUGUUGAAAAUACUCCAACUUCAACUAUCUUGAAUAUUAGUGAUUGCAAAAAGGAGGAUGGUGGUUCGUACUCCAUGACAGGAAAAAAUAUACUUGGCACAGUGACAGAAAUCAUUACAGUUCAAAUUCAUGACAUCCCUGGGCCUCCUAAGGGGCCAAUUAAAUUGGAUGAAAUUUCAUGCGACUACAUCAUAAUAUCAUGGGAUUCCCCUGACUAUGAUGGAGGUGUACCAAUUAACAAUUACAUUGUUGAAAUGCGGGAAACCACAGGUACAUCAUGGGCAGAAUUAGCAGCAACAGUCAUUCGAACAACAUUCAAGGCUGCUCGUCUAACCACAGGUGUAGAAUAUCAGUUCCGUGUUAAAGCACAAAAUAGAUAUGGUAUUGGGCCUGCAAUCAUAUCAGAUGCUGUGAUUGCUGCUUAUCCAUUCACAGUACCAGAGGCUCCAGGUACUCCACAAGUAGUAGCCUUUACUAAAGAUAGCAUGACAAUAAGUUGGAAUGAACCACCUUCUGAUGGUGGAAGCCACAUUUUGGGAUACCACAUUGAAAGGAAGGAGAGGAACAGUAUAUUGUGGCAAAGGAUCAGUAAAGCCCUGGUGGUGGGAAAUAUUUUCAAAUCUACAGGACUGACAGAUGGUAUUGCCUAUGAAUUCCGUGUUGCAGCUGAAAAUAUGGCAGGUAUAGGCAAACAAAGCAAGUCAUCGGAGCCAAUGUUUGCCCUUGAUCCAGUGGAUCCACCAAGUAAGCCAGUAGCACUCAACAUUACAAGACAUGCAGUGACUCUUCAGUGGAGAAAGCCUGAAAGUGACGGUGGGUUCUCAAUAACUGGCUACACAGUAGAGAAGAAGGACUUACCUAAUGGACGCUGGUUGAAGGCUAAUUUCAGCAACAUCCUGGAGACCACGUUCACUGUAAGUGGUCUGAAUGAAGAUGCUUCCUAUGAAUUCCGUGUCCUUGCCAGGAAUUCUGCUGGUGCUGUAAGUAACCCAUCUGAACCAUCAGACCCCAUCACCUGCAAAGAUGACAUUGAGGAGCCAAGGAUAACAGUUGAUAGUAAAUUCAAUAAUGUCAUAGUAGUGAAAGCAGGGGACAUUUUCAAACUUGAAGCUGAUGUUACUGGCCGACCACUGCCAUCCAUGGUUUGGACUAAAGAAGGAAAGGAACUUGAAGAUACUAGUAAAUUAGAAAUUAAAACAACAGAUUUUUCAUCAGUUUUGAUCAACAAAGACUCUUUAAGAAGGGAUGGUGGUACAUUCACUUUAACUGCAAGUAACCCUGGUGGUUUUGCUAAACAGGUCUUCACUGUGAAAGUUCUUGAUAGACCAGGUCCACCUGAUGGACCAUUAGCUGUUACAGAUGUCACAGCUGAAAAAUGUUUCUUGUCGUGGUUACCACCUUCACAUGAUGGGGGAGCAAAGAUUGAACAUUAUAUAAUUGAAAAAAGAGAAACGAGCAGGCUUGCGUGGACAAAUGUAGCAUCAGACCUACAAGUUAACCGUUUUAAAGUGACAAAGUUGCUGAAAGGAAAUGAAUACAUCUUCAGAGUCAUGGCUGUCAAUAAGUAUGGUGUUGGAGAGCCCCUUGAAUCACAGCCAGUUAUUGCAGCAAACCCAUAUGUGCUUUCUGAUGCUCCGCAAACACCGGAAGUAACAACCAUCACAAAGGACUCGAUGGUUGUUUGCUGGGGACAUCCAGAAAACACAGGUGGGAGCAGUAUUUCGAACUACAUGAUUGAAAGAAGAGACAAAACUGGUCUUCGCUGGGUUAAAUGUAACAAGAGGACGGUGACUGACUUGAGAUACAAAGUGUCUGGACUCACAGAGGGACAUGAAUAUGAAUACAGAGUUAUUGCUGAGAAUGCUGCAGGCUUAAGUGCACCCAGCCCUUCAAGUCCAUUUUACAAAGCCUGUGAUACCAUAUUUCAGCCAGGCCCUCCUGGUAAUCCAAGAGUACUUGACACAACUAAGUCGUCCAUUACUCUUGCAUGGCACAAGCCAGUAUAUGAUGGUGGUUCUGAUAUAACAGGAUACAUUGUUGAGACCUGCCUUCCUGAGGAGGAUGAAUGGACAGUUGUAACCCCCAAGCAAGGAUUAACAUCUACAUCCUUUACCAUUACUAACCUGAAAGAAAACCAGGAAUAUAAAAUCAACAUUUCAGCUAUAAAUUGUGAAGGAGUUGGAGAGGCAGCCUCUGUUCCUGGAUCACCAAAAGCAGAGGACAGGCAUCUUUCUCCAGAAAUUGAGCUUGAUGCUGAUCUUCGAAAGGUGGUAAACAUCAGAGCUUGCGGCACAUUGAGACUGUUUGUACCAAUAAAAGGAAGACCAGCUCCUGAGGUGAAAUGGUCAAGAGAAAAUGGAGAGCCUAUUGUGAGAGCCGCAAUUGAGACUACAACAUCUUUCACAUUACUAAUACUUGAAAAUGUUAGUAGAUUUGACAGUGGAAAGUAUAUGCUAACAGUGGAGAACAGCUCAGGAAGUAAGACAGCAUUUGUUAAUGUUAGAGUACUAGAUACACCUGCAGCCCCACAAAAUCUUAUGAUAAAGGAAGUUACCAAAGAAUCAGUCUCUCUCACAUGGGAUCCACCUCUCAUUGAUGGUGGGUCAAGAAUUAGGAAUUACAUUGUGGAAAAACGAGAAUCGGCAAGAAAAGCAUACUCCACCGUAACAGCAAGUUGCAGCAAAACAAGCUGGAAAAUUGGACAACUACAGGAGGGAAGCAACUAUUUCUUCAGGAUUUUAGCUGAAAAUGAGUUUGGAAUUGGUCUUCCUGUUGAAACAAGUGAGGCCAUCAAAGUAUCUGAAAAGCCACUUCCACCAGGCAAAGUCACUCUUAAAGAUGUCACAAGUAAUAGUGUAACUCUGUCAUGGGAAAAACCAGACCAUGAUGGAGGAAGCAGAAUAACAGGCUAUGUUGUUGAAAUGCAAAGUAAAGGAAGUGAAAAAUGGACACAAUGUAUGGUUGUGAAAGUAAAUGAAGCAGUGGUUACAGGCUUGACUCAAGGUGAAGAAUAUAUGUUCCGCAUAUCCGCUUGUAAUGAAAAAGGAACAAGCGAUCCUCGCCAGCUGAAUGUUCCUGUAGUUGCUAAGGAUCUUGUGAUAGUUCCAACAUUCAAGCUGUUUUUCUCCACAUUCAGUGUUCUGGCUGGAGAUGACUUAAAGAUAGAUGUUCCCUAUGUUGCUCGUCCAAAAGCAGUUGUCAGUUGGUACAAAGAUGGCACACCUCUCAAGGAAACAACCAGAGUUAAUGCUCAAACAGCAGAAAGGAAUUUGUAUCUUGUGAUAAAAGAGGCAUGCAGAGAGGAUGUUGGACAAUACACAAUAAAACUUUCAAAUGCAGUUGGUGAAGCAACAACAGACAUCAGUGUUGUUGUUCUUGACAAACCUGGCCCUCCAACUGGACCAAUAAAAAUAGACGAAGUCACUGCUGACAGUGCAGUUCUAUCUUGGCAGCCCCCAGAAUAUGAUGGUGGAUGUUCAAUCAAUAACUACAUUGUAGAAAAGAGAGAUACAUCGACGAUUAACUGGCAAAUUGUGUCUGCAACUGUAGCUAGAACAACAAUUAAAGCAGCCAGGUUGAAGACUGGCUGUGAGUAUCAGUUUAGAAUUGCAGCUGAAAACAGAUAUGGAAAGAGCUCUGUGCUUGUCUCAGAUUAUGUGGUUGCUCAGUACCCAUUCCAAGUUCCAGCUCCGCCAGGAACCCCCUCUGUAAAUGCUUCUACAAAGGACAGCAUGGUAGUGGUGUGGACUAAACCAAAUAAUGAUGGUGGAAGCAAGAUAUUAGGGUAUCACAUUGAAAGUAAGGAAAGAAACAGUAUUCUUUGGGUGAAACAAAACAAGACACCAAUCCAAGACACAAGGUUCAAAGUUGCUGGUCUUGAUGAAGGACUUGAAUAUGAAUACAGAGUUUAUGCAGAAAACAUUGUGGGCAUUAGCAAACCCAGCAAGUUGUCAGAAUGCCAUGUUGCAAGAGAUCCUUGUGAUCGCCCUGGCACCCCUGAGGCUGUUAUUGUCACAAGGAAUUAUGUUACACUACGGUGGACAAAGCCAGAAUAUGAUGGAGGCAGCAAAAUUACUGGCUAUAUUGUGGAGAAGAAGCAGUUGCCUGAAGGGCGCUGGAUGAAGGCCAGUUUCACAAAUGUUAUUGUAACUGAGUUCAUUGUCACUGGGUUAGUUGAAGAUCAGAGAUAUGAGUUCCGAGUCAUUGCAAGAAAUGCUGCAGGUGUGCUCAGCGAUCCAUCAGACAGCACUGGACCUAUCACUGCAAAGGAUGAAGUAGAUCCACCUCGUAUUAAUAUUGAUACACAGUAUUCUCAAACUAUUGUUGUAAAUGCCGGAGAAACUUUCAAAAUCGAUGCUGAAGUAUAUGGCAAACCAGUACCCACAGUACAUUGGAUGAAGGGAGAUCAAGAGCUAGCAAACACAGCUCGCCUUGAUAUUAAAAACACAGACUUCACCACUUGUUUGACUGUUAAGGAAGCUAUCCGCAUUGAUGGAGGUCAAUACACUCUUCUGCUGAAAAAUGUUGGCGGAGAAAAAUCUGUUAAUGUCAGUGUCAAAGUUUUAGAUAGACCUGGUCCACCCGAAGGCCCUAUUUCUAUCUACGGCGUCACAAGUGAUAAGUGCAGCAUUGCCUGGAAACCACCUCAGCAAGAUGGUGGCAGUGACAUAUCUCACUAUAUUGUUGAAAGAAGAGAGACAAGCAGAUUAGUCUGGACAGUUGUUGAAUCGAAGGUACAGACAUUAAAUCUAAAAAUAACAAAACUUUUGACUGGAAAUGAAUACAUCUUCCGUGUAUUAGCUGUUAAUAAAUAUGGGGUUGGUGAACCCCUUGAAUCUGAUGCAGUCAUUGCCAAAAAUCAAUUUGUAACUCCUGAUCCUCCUACGGGUGUUGAGGUUUCAACUAUAACAAGUGAUUCAAUGGUGGUAACCUGGGAGAGACCUUCAAACGAUGGUGGAAGUCCAAUUACUGGAUUCGUUAUUGAAAAAUGUGAUAAAGAAGGAGUCAGAUGGACCAGAUGCAAUAAACGUGUAGUUAGUGAGCUGCGCUUUAGAGUCACAGGACUUCUUGAAAAUCGCAGCUAUGAAUUCAGAGUUUCAGCUGAGAAUGCAGCUGGAGUAGGACAGCCAAGCACCCCCACUAUUUACUAUAAGGCCUUAGAUCCAAUUUUCAAACCAGGUCCACCAAAUAAUCCUAAAGUGACUGAUGUGUCAAGAACAUCAGUUUUCCUUGUAUGGGGCAAACCUAUUUAUGAUGGUGGUUCUGAGAUUCAGGGAUAUAUUGUUGAGGUAUGUGAGGCCACAUCCGAAGAAUGGAUAAUGUGCACUCCAUCAACAGGAAUUACACACACAAGAUUUGAGGUUGAAAAACUCCAAGAAAAACAUGAAUACAAAUUCAGAGUUUGUGCAAUAAACAAAGCUGGUGUUGGAGAACAUGCUGAUGUCUCUGGAAAGAUUCUUGUUGAAGAUAAAAUGGAAGCACCAGAUUUGGAACUUGAUCCUGAUCUCAGAAAGAUGAUCAGUGUUAGAGCUGGAGGUUCUCUCAGAUUAUUCAUUCCUUUCAGAGGGCGACCUGCUCCUGAGAUCAAAUGGGGCAAGGCUGAUGGUGAAAUCAGGGAUACAGCACAGAUUGACACUACAAGCAGUUACACAUCUUUAGUAAUUGAAAAUGUUGAUAGGUUUGACAGUGGAAAGUAUACAGUCACUGCAGAAAAUGCCAGUGGAACAAAGUCUGCUUUCAUCAGUGUCAGAGUACUUGAUACACCAAGUGCGCCUCUUAACUUUACUGUGAAGGAAAUAACAAAACAGUCUGUAACACUUACUUGGGAACCUCCUGCCUUGGAUGGUGGGGCCAAAAUAAAAAAUUAUAUUGUUGAGAAACGUGAAAGUACUAGAAAGGCUUAUUCAACCGUUGUCACGGACUGCCAUAAAAUGUCAUGGAAGAUUGAACCACUUCAAGAGGGGUGCAACUAUUUCUUCCGGGUUCUUGCUGAAAAUGAACACGGGGUAGGUUUACCAGCUGAAACUCCUGAACCCCUGAAAGUGUCAGAAGUACCACAACCUCCUGGCAAAAUCACUGUUGUUGACACAACGCGUAAAAGUGUCUCAUUAGCUUGGGAAAAACCUGAACAUGAUGGUGGCAGCAGAAUUAUUCACUACAUUGUGGAAAUGCAGGCCAAAGAUGAUGAAAAAUGGUCUGCCUGUGCACAAGUAAAAACACUUGAGGCAGUUAUCAGCAAUUUAGCCCAGGGCGAAGAAUACAUGUUCAGAGUUAUUGCUGUGAAUGAUAAAGGACAGAGCGACCCAAGAAUCCUUGCAAUGCCAGUUCAAGCAAAGGAUCUUGUCAUUGAACCAAAUGUGAGACCUGCUUCCAGCAACUACAGUGUUCAAGUUGGUCAUGAUCUCAAAGUUGAAAUACUAAUUGCUGGACGUCCUAAACCAGUCAUUGUUUGGACAAAGGAUGGGUCAGCUCUUAAACAGACAACAAGAGUUCAUGUUGUUGAUACUGACCACCACACAACUCUGAGCAUAAAAGAAGCAACAAGAGAGGAUGGUGGUAUUUACAACAUAGCUGUUUCAAAUGUCCUUGGACAAAAGGAGGCAAAUAUUGAAAUCAUCACACUUGAUAAACCUGGCCCACCAGUUGGCCCUGUAAAGUUUGAUGAAGUCAGUGCAGAAAGCAUCACAAUUUCUUGGGACCCACCAGCAUAUACUGGUGGCUGCCAGAUUUCAAACUAUGUUGUGCAAAAGAGAGAUACAACUACCACCAACUGGAAUAUUGUUUCUGCCACAGUGGCAAGAACCACUCUGAAGGUGUCUAAUCUGAAAACAGGAACAGAAUAUCAAUUCAGAAUAUUCGCUGAAAAUCGAUAUGGCAAAAGUUAUGCUUUAGACUCUGAUGCUGUUAUUGCACAGUAUCCUUACAAAGAACCAGGUCCACCAGGGACUCCAUUUGUCUCUUCACUCUCAAAGGAUUACAUGGUUGUGGAAUGGCACAAACCAAUAUCAGAUGGAGGAAGUAGCAUUAUUGGUUACCAUCUGGAAAGAAAAGAAAAAAACAGUAUCCUCUGGACAAAGAUUAAUAAGACACUCAUUCAAGAUACCCGCUUUAAAACCAGUCCUUUGGAAGAAGGUAUUGAAUAUGAGUUCAGAGUCUAUGCUGAGAAUAUUGUUGGCAUAGGAAAAUGCAGCAAAGUCUCUGAGGGCUGUGUUGCACGUGACCCGUGUGAUCCACCUGGCACCCCAGAAGCCAUCUUAGUAAAUAGGCACUCCAUAACACUUCAAUGGGCUAAGCCUGUGUAUGAUGGUGGCAGUCUGAUAACUGGCUAUGUUGUGGAGAAGCGAGACCUUCCUGAUGGACGCUGGAUGAAGGCUAGCUUUACAAAUGUGAUUGAAACUACAUUUACAGUAACUGGUCUGACUGAAGACUGCAAGUAUGACUUCAGAGUCAUUGCCAAGAAUGCAGCUGGAACUGUCAGUAAACCAUCUAAUAGCACUGGGUCCAUCACUGCAAAGGAUGAAGUUGAGCCACCAAUAUUCUCCAUUGAUUCAGAAUACAGUCAGCCUAUUGUUGUUAAUGCAGGAGAUACAUUUCAACUUGUUGCUGAUGUACAUGGAAAACCAGUACCCACAGCCCAGUGGUUCAAGGGUGAUAAAGAGAUUGAAAAUACAGCUAGAUAUGAGAUUAAGAAUACAGAUUUCAAGGCAAUGAUUGUCAUUAAAGAUGCAAUCAGAAUUGAUGGUGGACAAUAUAAUCUGCACCUCACAAAUGUAGCUGGCUCAAAAACUAUUCCUUUCCAGGUCAAAGUACUUGACAGACCAGGACCGUCUCAAGGGCCCCUUAACAUCACUAACGUAACAUGCGAGAAAUGCACACUUUCAUGGCUUCCUCCUCAACAUGAUGGAGGCAGUAAUGUUUCUCAUUACAUUAUUGAGAAGAGAGAAACAAGCCGUCUUGCUUGGACUGUAGUUGCCAGUGAUUGCAAAGCUACUAUGAUGAAAGUAACAAAGCUUUUAAAAGGAAAUGAAUACAUUUUCCGUGUCAUGGCUGUCAAUAAAUAUGGCACUGGUGAGCCUUUAGAAUCUGCACCAGUGAUAAUGAGAAAUCCAUUCGUUCCACCUGCGUCUCCAAAAGAUCUGGAAGUAACAAAUGUUACAAAGGAUUCCAUGACUGUUUGCUGGUCCAGACCAGAGACUGAUGGUGGAAGUGAAAUUGUUGGCUACAUCAUAGAGAAGAGAGACAGAGCUGGGAUCAGAUGGACAAAAUGUAACAAGCGUAGAGUCACAGACCUACGAUUCAGAGUAACAGGUUUGACAGAGGAUCAUGAUUAUGAAUUUAGGUUAUCUGCUGAAAAUGCAGCUGGAGUUGGACAACCAAGUUCACCAACAGAGUACUGCAAAGCCUGUGAUCCUAUGUUCAAACCUGGCCCCCCAAGUAAUGCACAUGUGGUAGAUACCACCAAAAAUUCUAUUUCAAUAGCAUGGGGGAAGCCAAUUUAUGAUGGCGGCAGUGAGAUUCAGGGAUAUGUUGUGGAAAUAUGCAAAGCUGAUGAGGAAGAAUGGACUAUGUGCACACCGCCAAGUGGCCUAUGUAUUAAUAAAUUUGACAUUACUAAACUCACAGAACAUCAAGAAUACUUGAUCCAAAUAUGUGCUAUAAAUAAGAUAGGUGUUGGUGAACCAGCUUCUAUUCCUGGAACAGUUAAACCUGAAGACAAAAUGCUUGCCCCAGAAAUUGAACUUGAUUCAGAGCUAAGGAAAGGAAUUGUAGUCCGAGCUGGAGGAUCCAUGAAGAUCAACAUACCUUUCAAAGGAAGACCCACUCCAGAGAUUAGCUGGUCUAAAGAUGAAGGGGAUUUAUCUGAAAAGGUACAAAUUGAGAAAGGUCUGGACUAUACCCAGCUUUCAGUUGACAUUUGUGACAGGAGUGAUGCUGGAAAAUAUACUCUUAGUUUGGAAAACAGCAGUGGUUCAAAGUCUGCAUUUGUCUUUGUUAAAGUCUUGGACACACCAGGAGCACCCAUUAACCUUGCAGUUAGGGACAUAAAGAAAGACUCUGUUACUCUUGUUUGGGAGCCACCUUUGAUAGAUGGAGGAGGAAAGAUCAAAAACUAUAUUGUUGACAAGCGUGAAUCAACCAGAAAAGCUUUUUCCAAUGUAACUGAUAAGUGCACUAAAACAAGCUUUAGGUUGGGAAAUCUUACUGAAGGGACUAUAUAUUAUUUCAGAGUUAUGGCUGAGAAUGAAUAUGGAGUUGGCUUGCCUGUUGAAACAACAGAUGCAGUUAAGACAUCAGAAGCUCCUCUGCCAGUAGGAAAAGUAACUUUGACUGAUGUUACUAAAACCACUGCCUCACUAGCAUGGGAAAAACCAGAUCAUGAUGGUGGCAGUAGGAUUAUGGGUUACUUAAUCGAAAUGCAGCCAGAAGGCACAGAUACAUGGGUUGUAGCUACAACAACAAAAACAUGUGAAGGCACUGUAAGUGGACUAAGUUCUGGUCAAGAAUAUCUAUUCCGUGUAAUGGCUUAUAAUGAGAAAGGCAACAGUGACCCAAGAGCUUUAGCCACUCCUGUUAUUGCCAAGGAUGUGACUAUUGAACCCAGAUUCAAAAUGCCAUUCAAUACCUUUAGUCUUCAAUCUGGUGAAGACCUAAAAAUAGAAAUUCCAGUCAUUGGUCGUCCAACACCAAAGAUUACGUGGAAUAAAGAUGGACACGCCCUAAAAGAGACAACAAGAGUAAAUGUUUCUAGCACCUCCUCUUCAACAGUUCUUUGUAUCAAAGAAGCAAACAGAGAUGACACUGGCAAGUACACAGUCACUGCUACAAAUAAUGCUGGCACCACAACAGAAGAAAUUGGAAUUGUUGUUCUUGAAAAACCUGGUCCACCAACUGGUCCCCUAAAGAUUGAUGAAGUAAGUUCCAACUUUGUCACCAUUUCAUGGGAACCACCAGUAUACACAGGAGGGUGUCAAAUAAAUAAUUACAUUGUUGAAAAACGAGACACAACGACCACAGUCUGGCAAAUUGUAUCGGCAACAAUUGCAAGGACAACAAUUAAAAUUACCAAGUUGAAAACAGGGACAGAAUAUCAAUUCAGAGUUUUUGCUGAAAACAGAUAUGGAAAAAGCUCCUCUUUAGACUCUGAAGCAGUGGUUGUACGGUAUCCUUACAAUGAACCUGGACCACCCAGUGUCCCAAUUGCCACAUCAGUGACAAAAGACUACAUGGUUAUUGAAUGGAAAGCACCAGUUAACAAUGGUGGCAGUCCAGUUCUUGGCUAUCAUCUUGAACGGAAAGAAAGGAACAGCCUUCUGUGGACUAAAUUGAACAAGUAUAUAAUUCCUGACCCUCGAUUUAAGACUAAUGGUCUUGAAGAAGGUAUUGAAUAUGAAUACAGAGUCUAUGCAGAGAACAUUGUUGGCAUUAGCACAGCAAGCAAAGUUUCUGAGUGCUUUGUAGCUCGUGACCCAUGUGAUCGACCUGGUACCCCUGAGGCUAUUGUUAUCACCAGAAACUAUGUGACACUUCAGUGGACAAAACCACAAUAUGAUGGCGGAAGUAUAAUAACUGGAUAUAUUGUGGAGCGGAAGAACUUACCUGAAGGUCGGUGGAUGAAAGCUAGCUUCACCAAUAUAAUUGUGACUGAAUUUACAGUAACAGGUUUAACAGAAGACGAAAGGUAUGAAUUUAGGGUAAUUGCAAGGAACUCAGCUGGUAUUUUUAGUGAGCCCUCUGAAAGCACUGGACCAAUCACUGCAAGAGAUGAGAUUGAAAGCCCGACUGCUUCAAUGGAUCCAAAGUACAAAGAUAUAAUUAUUGUUAAUGCAGGUGAAACUUUUGUUAUUGAUGCUGACAUCUGUGGAAAACCAGUGCCUGAUGUCGCAUGGUUAAAGGAUGGAAAAGAAAUUGAUAAGGCCACACCAAGAAUGGAAAUCAAAACCACCAUUCAGCGCACAGUGCUCAUAGUUAAGGACUGCAUUAGAGUGGAUGGAGGACAUUAUUUACUCAGUCUUAGCAAUGUUGGUGGAACAAAAACAAUCCCAGUCACUGUUAAGGUUCUCGAUAGACCUGGUCCACCCGACGGUCCACUCAAAGUGACUGGUGUCACUGCUGAUAAGUGUUAUCUAUCCUGGAGCCAUCCUUCACAUGAUGGUGGUGCUAGUAUCUCUCAUUACAUAAUAGAAAAGAGAGAAACCAGCCGUUUAUCUUGGACAGUUGUUGAACCCAAAAUUCAAGCUGUGAGUCACAAAGUGACCAAACUCUUGACAGGCAAUGAAUACAUUUUUAGAGUCAUGGCAGUUAACAAAUAUGGCAUAGGUGAGCCACUUGAAUCUGAGCCAGUAAUAGCACGUAACCCAUUCAAACCACCAGGUCCCCCUUCCAUACCUGAAGCAAGUGCUAUAACAAGGGAUUCUAUUGUUCUGACAUGGGAUCGUCCAGAAGAUAAUGGUGGGUCAGAAAUUGACAGCUACAUUCUAGAGAAACGUGACAAACAAGGCAUUAGAUGGACUAAGUGCAACAAGAAAAGACUGAAUGACUUACGAUUUCGAGUAACCGGACUUACAGAAGGACAUUCAUACGAGUUCCGUGUCUCUGCUGAAAAUGCCGCUGGUGUGGGACAACCAAGUCAACCUUCAGAUUUUUAUAAGGCCUGUGAUGCCACAUAUCCUCCUGGUCCUCCAAAUAAUCCUAAAGUAACUGACUACUCCAGUACAAGCGUGUCCCUAUCUUGGAGCAAACCCAUCUACGAUGGAGGAGCUGAAAUAAAGGGAUACAUUGUUGAGAUGAAAGAAGUUGCUGAAGAUGAAUGGACUACAUGCACACCUCCCACUGGUGUACAAGAAACACACUAUACUGUAACAAAACUUAAGCAAAAUGCAGAAUAUAAUUUCCGCAUCUGUGCUAUCAACCUUGAAGGUGUUGGAGAACAUGUUGAUGUACAGGGCUCUGUGAUUGCAGCAGAGAAACUUUACGCACCAGAGAUUGAACUAGGUGCAGAUCUUAGGAAAGUUGUCUCUGUCCGUGCAAGUGGAACACUUCGCCUUUUUGUCCCAAUCAGAGGACAUCCUGAACCUGAAGUGAAGUGGACAAAAGCAGAGGAUCUUCUACCUGAACGUGCACAAAUUGAGGUGACAAGUUCAUACACUAUGAUUGUCAUUGACAAUGUCAACAGAUUUGACAGUGGGAAAUAUGUUUUAACUCUGGAAAAUAACAGUGGCACAAAAUCAGCAUUUGUCAAUGUCAGAGUGCUGGACUCACCAAGUGCCCCUCUGAACUUUGAGGUUAAAGAUGUAAAGAGAGAUUCUGUAACUCUUUCUUGGGAACCUCCUCUUAUUGAUGGUGGAGCUAAGAUAACCCACUACAUUGUAGAGAAACGAGAAUCUAAAAGAAUGGCAUAUACCACUGUCACAAACAACUGUGUGAGGAAUUCAUUCAAAGUUGAUGAGCUUCAGCAGGGAGGAAUUUACUACUUCCGUGUUAUGGCUGUUAAUGACCAUGGUGUUGGUUUAGCAGCUGAAACUAAAGAUCCAACUAAAGUUUCUGAAGCUCCUUUAUCACCAGGUAAAGUUACACUUGUAGACGUGACUCGCAAAAGUGUAACUCUUUCUUGGGAGAAGCCUGAUCAUGAUGGUGGCAGCAAAAUCACAUGCUACAUAGUAGAAAUGCAAACAAAGGGAAGUGAUAAGUGGACUGAAUGCUCUUCAGUUAAAACACUGGAAGCAACCAUAGAUGGCCUUACAGCAGGGGAAGAAUACUCCUUCAGAAUAUUUGCUGUAAAUGACAAAGGGAAGAGUGAUCCAAAACAGCUUGGAGUUCCUGUGAUUGCUAAGGACAUUCAAACUGAACCUAUCAUUGAUUUGCUUUUUAACACAUUCAGUGUUAAGGUUGGAGAUGAUCUCAAAGUUGAUGUUCCUUUUAGAGGGAGACCUGUACCUGAUGUUUCCUGGAAGAAAAAUGGUCUUCCUUUAAAGCAGACAACUAGAGUAAAUGUUCUAACAUCCAAGACUUCAAGCAAAAUGACCAUUAAAGAUGCUUCUAGGGAGGAUGUUGGGAAGUAUGAAAUUACAUUAGCCAACACAGUAGGCACCAAAACAGCUGAAAUUACCAUUGUUGUUCUUGAUAAACCUGGCCCGCCAGGUGCAAUCAAAAUAGAUGAAGUCAGUGCUGAUUUUAUAUCAUUGUCAUGGGACCCACCAGAGUAUGAUGGAGGGUGUCAGAUCAACAACUAUAUUGUGGAGAAGAGGGAUACUACCACCACAAAUUGGCAAAUUGUUUCAGCCACAGUUGCAAGAACAUCAAUUAAAGUUCCCCGAUUAACACAGGGCACAGAAUAUCAGUUCCGUAUUUGUGCUGAAAAUCGUUAUGGAAAGAGCCAAUGUGUUGAUUCCCAAGGCAUUGUUGCACAGUAUCCAUUUAUGCCACCUGGUCCACCAACAAAACUGCAUGUUGCCCAUGCAACAAAAACAUGCAUGCUUGUCAAAUGGAACUUACCUGCAAGUGAUGGUGGAAGUGCUGUCCUUGGAUAUCACCUAGAAUUUAAAGAACACAGCAGUAUUCUUUGGACAAAGAUUAACAGAGGCCUCAUUCCUGAUACACAGUUCAAAGUGACUGGAAUUGAAGAGGGCCUGCUGUAUGAAUACAGAGUCUAUGCUGAAAACAUUGCUGGUAUUGGAAAUUGCAGUAAUGCCUCUGAGCCUGUUGCUGCAAGAGAUCCAUGUGAUCCUCCAGGUCAACCUACAGUAACAAACAUCACUAGAACAUCUGUUUCUCUGUCUUGGACAAAGCCAGAAUAUGAUGGUGGAGCCAAAGUCACUGGUUACAUAAUUGAAUACAGGGAGCUUCCAGAUGGUCGUUGGCUGAAGUGCAAUUUCACAAACGUUCAAGAAACAUACUUUGACAUUACAGGCCUUACAGAAGAUCAACGAUAUGAGUUCCAUGUCAUUGCAAAGAAUUCUGCUGGUUUGUUUAGUGAGCCAUCUGAAAGUACAGGCCCUGUCACAGUUAAAGAUGAUGUUGAUCCACCACGAAUCAUGAUGGAUGACAAGUUCAGACAAUUAUUGGUGAUCAAAGCUGGAGAUUUAUUGAAAAUUGAAGCAGAUAUCGCUGGUCGUCCUCAUCCAGUUGUUUCAUGGUCAAAAGAUGGUAAGGAGAUUGAGGCUAAAGCUCGAGUUGAAAUCUUCUCAAGUGACACCAGCACUGUGUUAACUGUCCGAGACUGUAUGAGAAAAGAUUCUGGACAGUAUGUUUUGACUCUACAGAAUGUUGCUGGUACAAGAUCAUUAGCAGUAAAUUGCAAGGUCCUUGAUAGGCCCGGACCAUCAGCUGGACCACUGGAGGUAACUGGUCUCACUGCCGAAAAAUGUACUUUGAGUUGGGGACCCCCUCAAGAAAAUGGUGGGGCAGAAAUUUCACACUAUAUUGUAGAAAAACGUGAAACAAGUCGCCUUGCCUGGACACUUGUACAUGGAGACAUGAAAGCAACAACAUGUAAGGUUACUAAGCUACUCAAAGGGAAUGAAUAUAUAUUUAGAGUUCUAGGUGUGAAUAAAUAUGGUGUCGGUGAAGCCCUCGAGAGUGAUCCUGCCAAAGCCCAGGAUCCAUUCACAGUCCCAGCUGCACCCACAAAUGUUGAAGUUACCAGUGUGACAGGCGAAGCAAUGACAAUCUGCUGGGAAAGACCAACCAGUGAUGGAGGCAGUGAUAUUUGUGGCUAUGUUAUUGAAAAACGUGAGAAGACAGGUCUGCGCUGGGUUCGUGUGAACAAAAAACCUGUUUAUGACCUCAGGGUUAAAGCAUCAAAUCUCCGUGAAGGAUGUGAGUAUGAGUACCGUGUUUAUGCAGAAAAUGCUGCUGGAUUGAGUCGUCCAAGUGAGCCUUGCCCUCUAACUAAAGCAGAGGACCCAAUUUUCUUACCAUCCCCACCUGCUAAACCAAAGAUAAUUGAUUCAACUAAAAGCUCUAUCACUCUUGCCUGGAACAAGCCAUUGUUUGAUGGUGGUUCCCCAGUCACUGGAUAUAGUGUGGAGUACAAAAACACAAAGGAUGAGGAUUGGGUGGUGGCAGUUCAUAACACAAAGAACACAGAGUUCACUGUUGUUGGGCUAACAUCUGGAGCAGAAUAUGUGCUUGCAGUUAGAUCCAUUAACAAAAUUGGUCUUAGUGACCAAAGCACUGCUUCUGAUCCACAAGUUGCCAAGGAAAGGGAAGAAGAGCCAGUAUUUGAAGUAAGCAAUGAAAUGCGCAAGACACUGAUUGUCAAAGAUGGUAGUUCAUUUACCCUAACUGUUCCAUUCAGAGGGAAACCAGUGCCAAAUGUGAUGUGGAAUAAAGCUGAUGUAGAUCUGAGAGUGAGAGCAAACAUUGAUACAAGGGAUACUUGCACAUCAAUAACAGUUGAGCAAGCCACAAGAAAUGACUCUGGAAAGUAUACUGUGACGUUACAGAAUGUUGCUGGGAAAUCAACCCUGACACUGGUUGUCAAAGUUCUGGAUUCCCCAGGUCCCCCCUCUAAUGUUACCGUUAAGGAUGUCACAAAGAACUCUGCCAUAGUGACAUGGGAUGUACCAGAAAAUGAGGGUGGUGCACCUGUCAAGAACUACCUUGUUGAUCUGCGUGAAGCAAGCAAAAAAGGAUGGACAAGAAUCACAAGUAACUGCCACCGCUUAACCUAUAAAUUGACAGACCUUCAAGAAGGAGGAGUUUACUAUUUCAGAGUUACUGGUGAAAAUGAAUAUGGAGUUGGCAUGUCUUCUGAGACUAAAGAUGGGACUAAGAUUACUGAAAAACCAAGUCCUCCUACAAAGUUUGGCGUUACAAAUGUAACAAAGGACAGUGUCACAUUGGCGUGGAAUAAACCAGAACAUGAUGGAGGUAGCAGAGUCACUGGAUAUCUGGUUGAAGCUCUUGAAAAGGGUCAGCAGAAGUGGGUGAAGUGUGGUGUUGUCAAAACCACCCAUCAAUUAGUUAGUGGCCUGAGGGAAAAUGCUGAAUAUUUCUUCAGAGUCCGUGCUGAAAACCAUGCUGGUCUCAGUGACCCCAAAGAAAUGAUUAUGCCUGUGGUUGUGAAAGAUCAACUAGAGUCCCCGGAAAUUGAUAUGAGGAACUUCCCUCACAAUACCGUGUUUGUCAGAGCAGGAUCAAACCUAAAAUUUGAGAUCCCACUUACUGGAAAACCUCUGCCAAAAGUGUCUCUUUCAAAAGAUGAUGUGCCUGUGAAAUCUACAAUGAGAUUCAACUCUGAAGUAACACCAGUGGGCCUCAUCAUUAACCUUUGUGAGAGUAUUGCUCUUGAUGCUGGCAGAUAUGACAUCACUGCAUCCAAUACAAGUGGAACUACCAAGUCAUUUGUGAACAUUGUGGUACUGGACAGACCAGGGCCUCCUGUUGGUCCCGUUGAAAUCAGUGAUGUCACUGAAGACAGUGUGAACCUAAAAUGGUUCCCUCCUCUAUAUGAUGGUGGCAGCCCAAUCACCAACUACAUUGUAAUGAAGCGUGAAACAACUUCUGCUCACUGGAUAGAGGUGUCAUCUGCAGUUGCCAGGAGCACAAUAAAGAUCAUGAAACUGACAACUGGGGAGGAAUAUCAGUUCAGGAUCAGGGCGGAAAAUCGCUUUGGCAUCAGUGAACACACUGAUUCGCCAACUGUAUCUGUAAAAUUACCAUACACAAUCCCUGGACCUCCAUCGGCACCAUGCAUAACUUCUGUUACAAGAGAGAGCAUUGCUGUAAGCUGGGAGGAGCCUACUUCAGAUGGAGGAAGCCAUAUUUUUGGAUACCACUUACAGAUGAAGGAUAGAAACAGCAUCUUGUGGCAGAAGGUUAACAAAACUGUUAUCCGCUCAACACACUUCAAGGUGACAAACAUCUUUCCUGGCCUGAUCUAUGAGUUCAAGGUGGCAGCGGAAAAUGCAGCUGGAAUUGGCCCCGUCAGCAAAACAUCUGAUGCUGUACUUGCCAUUGAUUCAUGUGAACCUCCAGUCAACCUGCGUGUCUCUGACAUCACAAAGAAUUCUAUCUCACUCGCUUGGCAGAAGCCUCCAUAUGAUGGUGGUAGCACUAUAACUGGAUACAUUGUGGAAUAUCGAGAUGUAACAAAUGCCAGAUGGACCAAAGCAAACCUAACAAAUAUUGCAGAAACAAAUUUUACAGUUACUGGCUUGACCCAGGAUCAAAGCUAUGAAUUUAGAGUCAUGGCAAAGAAUGCAGUUGGGUCAAUCAGCAACCCAUCUGUUAUUGCUGGGCCUGCCACUUGUGUGGAUACAUAUGGGGCUCCUGAGAUACAGCUACCUCAAGAGUAUUUGGAUGUGGUAAAAUUCAAGGCAGGAGAAGCUGUUCAGCUGAGAGUUGGAAUUAUUGCAAAGCCUCUUCCAACAAUUGAGUGGUACAAAGAUGGAAAGGAAUUGAAAUCCAAUGGUCAGCUCUCAAUUGAGAACACGAGGGAUGCCUCUUGCAUUCUCAUCAAGGAUGCUACUCGUCUGAAUUCUGGAUUAUAUGAAAUUAGAAUCAAGAAUUCUUUGGGCUCAGCAACUGCUUCCUUUAGAGUACAAAUUCUAGACAAACCUGGACCUCCUGCUGGAGCCAUUCAAUUUAAGACAGUCACAGCAGACAAGAUUACCAUAAUGUGGGACUCUCCGGCUGAUGAGGGUGGUGCUAUGGUCACCCACUACAUUGUGGAAAAACGGGAGACAAGCAGAGUAUUAUGGUCCAUCAUUUCUGAAAAACUGGAAGAAUGCAUAGUUUCUGUUCAGAGGCUGAUCAAAGGCAACGAAUAUAUCUUCCGUGUCAGGGGUGUCAACAAAUAUGGAGUUGGAGAUCCUUUGGAGUCUGAGCCAGUUAUUGCCAGGAAUGCAUUUGUUGUUCCUGACAAACCCAGCAAGCCAGAGGUUACAAUGAUAACAAAGUCAACAAUGACAGUGGUCUGGGAGAGACCAGGUAUUGAUGGCGGUAGUGAUAUUGAUGGAUACUACCUAGAAAAAUGUGAGAAGAAGAGUCUCAGGUGGUUCAAGGUCAUCAAAUAUCCCAUUCGUGACACUAGACAGAAAGUCAGUAAUCUUACAGAGGGAAAUGAAUAUCAGUAUCGUGUUUGUGCUAUCAAUAAGGCUGGACAAGGUGAAUACUCUGACAUUUCUGCCUUCUACAAAGCAGCUGAUCCUAUUGAUCCACCAAGUGAACCAACGAAACUCAAAGUUGUUGACUCAACCAAAACUUCUAUCACUCUUGGAUGGGUUAAACCUGUGUAUAAUGGAGGCAGUGAGAUCACUAGCUACAUUGUUGAAGAGAGGAUUUCUGGAGAAAGUGAAUGGACAGUGAUUAGCUCCAAGGAUGAAGUGAGAACAACAGAGUAUGUUGUGUCAUACCUCAAACCUGGAGUUUACUAUUUCUUCCGUGUAUCUGCUGUUAACUGUGUUGGACAUGGACGACCAAUUGAGAUGGCUCAGCCUGUACAAGCUAAAGAUAUUCUAGAGGAAGCUGAUGUUGAUCUUGAUGUCACCAUGAAAACUCAAUACACGGUGAAGGCAGGAAAGGAUGUGACAGUUAUGAUUCCACUGAAGGGUAGACCGGCACCAAAUGUCACCUGGAGAAAGGGAGACAAGAAUAUUGCCAAUGAUCCAAAAUAUAGCAUUAGCAACACAGAAUCUACAACAGUUCUUGUCAUUCCAAAGGUCACUCGUGAUGACAGUGGAAAAUAUGUUCUUGAGAUUGAAAAUGGUGUUGGGGAGCCAAAGACAAUCACGGUGUCUGUGAAAGUGCUUGACACUCCAUCUGCUUGUCAGAAAUUGUUGAUUAAGAAUGUGACUCGUGGGAAAUUAACUCUGAGUUGGGAGGCACCUCUUAUUGAUGGCGGUUCAGAAAUCAAAAAUUACAUUAUUGAAAAGAGGGAUGCUACAAAGAAAUCUUAUUCUAUUGUGACUAAUGAGUGUUCUAAUACAGCAUAUAAAAUUGAUGGUCUGUCUGAGGAUGUAGGCUACUUCUUCCGGGUUUCAGCUGAGAAUGAAAAUGGUGUUGGUGACCCAUGUGAAACAGAAGAGCUUGUAAGGGCCACUGAAGCACCUGGGCCAGUUAAAGAUCUUGCCCUGAAGGACUCCACUAAUACAUCAGUGACACUACAGUGGACUAAGCCUGAUUAUGAUGGUGGCAGUCCUAUCACAGACUAUGUCAUACAGAAGAAAGAUGAAGAUGAAGUAGCAUGGACACUUGCUGGUACCUGCAAGCGUUGUCAAUACGAGGUCACAAACCUUGAGGAAUUUGCAGUUAUGGAUUUCAGAGUAUAUUCUAAGAAUGAAAAGGGGCAGAGUGACUUCUCACAAGUGGGACCUAUCACAGUGAUGGAUUUACUUAUUCCACCUGAAGCUAAUCUUGCAGAUUACCCUGGAGGUGAAAUCUUUGCCAGAAUUGGACAAAAUAUAAACAUUGAGCUGCCAUUCAAAGGUAAACCAAAACCCAGUAUACGGUGGUUGAAAGAUGAUGAACAACUGAAGGAAAAUGAACAGAUACGUUUCUGGUUAACAGAAAACAAAGUUGCUCUUACAAUCAGAAAUGUAAGAAAAGAUAAUGCAGGGAAAUACACAUUGACACUUGACAACAAACUCAGCAAAAAUUCAUUUGAUAUAAAAGUCAUAACUCUUGGACCACCCUCAAAACCAACUGGACCAAUUCGAUUUGAUGAAAUCAAAGCACAGAGUAUAAUAAUAUCUUGGAAUGAACCAACUGAUGAUGGAGGUGGAGAAAUCACUUGUUACAGUGUGGAGAAACGUGAAACAUCACAAGCAGCAUGGAAGCUUGUUUGCUCAAGUGUAGUAAGAACAACCUUCAAAAUACCUAACUUAAAUAAAGGAACAGAAUACCAGUUUAGAGUACGUGCAGAAAACAAAUAUGGAGUGAGUGAGCCUUUGAAUUCACAAGAUGUGGUUGCCCAACACCAGUACAAACCUCCAGGUCCACCAGGAAAGCCUGUUGUCUACAAUGUCACGAGUGAUGGCAUGACAAUUCAGUGGGAGGCGCCAUCUUUUGAUGGUGGCUCACCAAUCACUGGCUUCCAUGUUGAAAAGAAGGACAGGAACAGCCUUCUGUGGACAAAAGUAAAUUCCUCAGUAAUUUCUGCAAGAGAAUACAGAAUCACUGGUCUCAUUGAAGGACUGGAAUAUCAAUUCAGAGUGUAUGCACAGAACAAUGCUGGCUUAAGCUGUGUCAGUGAAGCAAGUAAAUACACACUGGCUAUAUCUCCAGUUGAUCCACCUGGUAUACCUGACUGCAUUGAUGUGACAAGAGAAUCAGUUUCACUCAAAUGGGAUCCACCUAAGCGUGAUGGAGGCAGCAAAAUUGUGGCUUACAGUGUGGAGAGGCGCCAAGGAAGAGGCAAAUGGUUGAGAUGCAACUUCAUUGAUAUUACUGAAUGCCAAUACACAGUGACAGGACUUGCUCCUGGUGAUCGCUUUGAAUUCAGAGUGAUUGCCAGGAAUGCAGUCGGCACAGUUAGUUCACCUUCCCAGUCCUCUGGCUACAUCAUGACUAGGGAUGAAAGUGUUUCUCCAAGCAUUGAGUUUAUUGGGGAACAAAGUAUAACAGUGAAAGCUGGAGAAAAUGUCAGCAUUAAUGCCAUUGUCAGAGGACGGCCUGUGCCUCAAGUCACAUGGUUUAAGGAUGGGAAGGAAAUAGACAAGAAGAUGAUGAUUGACAUCACUACAGCAAUUGGAUCAAGUUCACUGUUCAUCAGAGAUGUGAACCGUAAUCACCGUGGUAUAUAUAGUGUGGAAGCUAAGAAUAGCUCAGGAACCAAGAAGGAGGAUAUUCUUGUCAGAGUUCAUGAUACACCUGGGCCACCUGAUGGACCAAUUCGUUUCACAAAUAUCUCAGCUGAGAAAGUAACUCUCUGGUGGAAUCCACCUGAUAAUGACGGAUGUUCUGCCAUCACCCAUUAUGUGAUUGAAAAAAGAGCAACCUCCAGAAUUAGCUGGGCACUUGUCAUGGAUAAAUGUGAAGCUUGCUCUUUUAAUGCAACAAAACUUAUCAAGGGCAAUGAGUACCAGUUCCGUGUUUCUGCUGUUAACAAAUUUGGUGUUGGCAAACCACUGGACUCUGAUCCCAUUGUUGCAGAGAUGCAGUUUACUGUGCCAGAUGCUCCUGGGACACCAGACUCCACUCAUGUCACUGGAGACAGCAUUACACUUUGUUGGACACGACCAAAAUCAGACGGUGGAAAUGAAAUUAAACAGUACAUUCUAGAAAGAAGGGAGAAAAAGAGCUUACAUUGGGUAAAGGUAUCAUCAAAGAGGCCCAUCACUGAGAUUAGACACAGAGUAAUAAAUCUCACAGAAGGAAAUGAAUAUGAGUUCCGUGUAAUGGCUGAAAAUGCUGCUGGAAUAGGACCAGCAAGCAGUACAUCAAGACUUUUCAAAUGCAAAGAGCCAACUAGUCCCCCCAGUGCCCCGACUGUGGUGAAGGCUACAGAUUCCACAAAAUCAUCUGUUACUUUGGAAUGGACAAAGCCUGUAUUUGAUGGUGGAAUGGAGAUAAUUGGAUACACCAUUGAGAUGUGCAAGGCAAGACUAGAAGAUUGGCAUAAAGUUAACAUUGAACCCUGCUUCCACACCAAAUACACAGCAACUGGCUUGGAAGCAGGUGAAGAAUACAAAUUCAGAGUCUCUGCAGUUAAUGCUGCUGGACAAGGAGAAGCUUCAGAGCUACCCAAUGCAGUACAAGCUGUUGAUAGACUUACGUCACCAGAGAUUGAUAUUGACGAAACCUUCAAGCAGACACACAUUGUGAAGAAUGGAGGUACUGUAUGUCUACAAAUUGCCUUCAAAGGAAAACCAGCACCACUUGCUACAUGGACUAAGGCCGAUGGAGAGCUUGGUGUGAUGGUAGAUAUUAAUACUACAGAAACAAAUAGUACCUUAACCAUUGAGAACUGUACCAGGUAUGAUGCAGGGAAAUACACUUUAUCGCUGGAGAACAACAGUGGGCGUAAAUCAAUUACAUUUACUGUAAAGGUGUUAGAUACACCUGGACCACCAGGUCCGCUUACCUUCAAAGAUGUAACCAGAGGAGCUCUGACUUUGAUGUGGGAUGCACCUGCUAAUGAUGGAGGAGCCCGUAUUCAUCAUUACAUUGUUGAGAAACGUGAGGCUAGUCGUCUUAGUUGGCAGGAAGUCAGUGCCAAAUGCACUCGUCAAAUUCUGAGAGUAAGUAAUCUUGCUGUAGGUGUAGCAUACUGCUUCAGAGUCACUGCAGAAAACCAGUAUGGCCAGGGUGAACCUUAUGAGAUGUCAGAGGCUAUCAUUGCCACUGAAGAACCUGCUCCGCCAAAGAGACUGGAUGUCAUUGAUACCACAAAUUCUACGGCCACUCUGGCUUGGCUGAAACCUGAACAUGAUGGUGGAAGUCGCAUCACAGGAUACAUUGUUGAAACUAAAGCAACAAGCUCAGAUCACUGGGUUCUUGGUGGCCAGACUAAGUCCCUAAGCAUGAUCAUUGAGGGCUUAUUCGAGAACACAGAAUAUGAAUUCCGUGUGACAGCUAAGAAUGAUGCUGGCCUCAGUGAACCAAGAGACACCUUUGCCCCUGUCAUCAUCAAAGAGCCUCGUAUUGAGCCAACUGCAGAUCUGAGUGGUAUCACCAACCAGCUCAUUAAAUGCAAGAUUGGCAAUGCUUUUACUAUUGAUAUUCCCAUUAGUGGCAGGCCUGCCCCUAAGGUAACAUGGAAACUGGAAGAGAUGAAACUUAAGGAAACAGACAGAGUAUCAAUCAUGACCUCAGUAGAGAGGACCACUUUGACAGUCAAAGACUCCAUGAGAGGUGAUAGUGGUAAAUAUUACCUCACCCUAGAAAACAUUGCAGGAGCCAAGACAUUCACUGUAACAGUCAACGUUGUUGGCAGACCUGGUGCACCAACUGGACCGGUUGCAAUUUCAUCAGUCUCAUCUGAGUCCUGUGUGUUAACAUGGGCUGAACCAGAAGACGAUGGUGGAACUGAGGUCACCAACUACAUUGUGGAGAAACGUGAAUCUGGCUCAGCCACUUGGCAAGUUGUGAACUCCAGCGUAAAACGCACAACAAUUAAAGUCACACAUUUGACCAAAUAUAUGGAAUACACGUUCCGUGUUCGUGCUGAAAACAGAUUUGGCGUGAGCAAAUCCAUUGAAUCUCAAUCUGUUGUUGCAGAGCAUCCAUUCGUUCCACCAGGUUCACCAACACGCCCAGAUGUAAUCUUUGUUAGCGCAAAUGCAAUGGGUAUUCGGUGGGAGCCUCCAUAUCACGAUGGGGGCAGUCAGAUCACUGGGUACUGGAUUGAGAAGAAAGAGAGGAAUACCAUCUUAUGGGUGAGAGAGAACAAGAUCCCAUGCAUUGAGUGCCACUACAAAGUAUCUACACUCAUACCAGGCCUUGAGUACCAAUUCAGAGUUUAUGCAAUGAAUAUUGCUGGCUUGAGCAAAGCCAGUGAAGCUUCCAGAUCAAUGGUGGCUCAGAAUCCAGUUGACCCCCCUGGUAAACCAGAAGUAACAGAUGUGACAAAAACAUCAGUAUCAAUCACAUGGUCUGUACCAUUCAAUGAUGGUGGCAGUACGAUUGUGGGAUAUAUAGUUGAGCGCAAGCUAUUCAGUGAUGAUGAUCAAGGUCGCUGGCUGAAGUGCAACUACGCAACUGUCACAGAGAAUUAUUUUACGAUAACUUCACUGAGUGAAGGUGAUGUGUAUGAGUUUCGUGUCAUUGCCAAAAAUGGAGCUGGAGUACACAGUAUGCCUUCUGAAUCAACAGGACCUGUCACAUGCAAGGAUGAAUACAGUCCUCCAAAAGCAGAACUUGAUACCACACUUCUUGGAGAAACUAUCACUAUUAGAGCUGGGUCAGACCUUGUUCUUGAUGCAGCUGUUGGUGGCAAACCCGAACCAAAUGUUUUCUGGGCCAAAGGUGAUAAAGAAUUAGAGCUUGGUGAGAAAUACUCUCUGCAAUACACCAGCACACGUGCUAUGGCUAUUAUCAAGUACUGUGAUAGAAAUGACUCUGGAAGGUACAUCCUGACGGUAAAGAAUGCCAGUGGAGUCAAGACAGCUUCUGUCAAUGUUAAAGUACUUGAUACACCCGGACCUUGUGAUGACAAGAUCAAAAUCACUAGAGUGACAGAGGAAAAAUGCACCGUGUCUUGGAAAAUACCUCUGGAGGAUGGUGGAGAUCCAGUCUCUCACUACAUUGUUGAGAGACGAGAAACGAGCAGACUCAACUGGGCAGUAGUUGAACCUGAGUGCAAGACACUUUCUUGUGUUGCUACCAGGCUGAUAAAAAACAAUGAGUACAUCUUCCGUGUAAGAGGUGUGAACAAGUACGGACCUGGCGUGCCAUUAGAGUCUGAGCCUGUUAUUGCCAGAAAUGCAUACACUAUCCCAUCACCUCCUGGAGCACCUGAAAUCAUUGCUGUAGCUAAGGAACAUGUCAUUAUUGAAUGGCUGAUGCCUGAGAGUGAUGGUGGAAGUGAAAUAAAAACUUACCUAGUAGAUAAACGUGAAAAGAAGAGUGUACGAUGGACGAGAGUAAACAAAGAUUACACCAUAUAUGACACAAGACUUAAGAUCACUGGUCUUCUGGAAGGCAGUGAUUACCAGUUCCGUGUAACGGCUACAAAUGCAGCUGGGAACAGUCAACCAAGUGAAGCAUCCCAAUAUGCCUUCUGUAGAGAUCCAACAUAUACUCCCGCUCCCCCCUCAGUUCCUCGUGUGAUAGAUACUACCAAGCACAGCAUUAGCCUGGCAUGGACAAGACCAAUGUAUGAUGGUGGAGCUGAUGUGAUUGGAUAUAUUGUUGAGAUGCUAGAGGAGGGAACUGAGCAAUGGUUCCGGGCCCAUCAAAAGCACUUGAAGACCACAGAGUACGUUGCAGGUGGCCUUACAAGCAACAAGAAGUAUUGCUUCAGAGUAGCUGCAGUUAAUGCCAACGGCAUGGGUGAAUUCAGUGAGCCCUGCCCAGAAACUGAACCAAUAGAAAGAAUUGAAAUACCUGACCUUGAGCUUGCUGAUGACCUGAAGAAGACUGUCUGCUUGCGAGCUGGCGGUUCUCUUCGUCUCUUUGUUGCUGUAACUGGAAGACCUACUCCACUUGUAACCUGGAGUAAACCUGGGGUAGAUCUACUGAGCCGUGGAUAUAUUGAUACAACUGACGGCUACACAACUCUGACAGUUGAAAAAGUACACCGCUACGAUGCAGGAAAAUAUACAAUUGAGGCAGAGAAUCCAUCUGGCAAGAAGUCUGCUACGAUUCUUGUCAAGGUUUAUGAUACUCCUGGACCUCCUGGUUCAAUAAAGAUUAAGGACUAUACGAAUGAAUCUGUUGUAAUUACAUGGGAUGUCCCUAGUGUUGAUGGAGGAGCACCUGUAAACAACUACAUCAUCGAACAACGUGAAGCAGCCAUGAAAUCCUACAAAAGAGUGACAUCUAAAUGCAAUAAGACAUUGUACAGAAUCACUGGUCUAGAACAAGGGGCUCUGUACUUCUUCAGGGUAUUACCAGAAAACAUUUAUGGUGUUGGUGAGCCUUGUGAAACAAGUGAUGCACUGCUGGCUUGUGAAGUUCCUAUGAUUCCCCAGAAUUUGGAAGUUGUUGAUACAACCAAGUCAACAGUAACCUUGAGAUGGGAAAAACCACUUCAUGAUGGUGGAAGCAGACUUACUGGCUACACCAUUGAAGCAUGCAAAUUUGGAACAGACAGGUGGAUGACAGUGGCCACAUUGAAAACAACAGUAUUUGAACACACUAUUGCUUCUCUGAAUGAGUCAGAGCAAUAUCUCUUCAGAAUUAAAGCUGAGAACAGCAGGGGAGUAAGUGAAGCCAGAGAGAUUGUGUCACCUGUAACUAUUCAAGAGCACAGAGUUUUGCCUCAGAUUGACCUGGCUGGUAUACCACAGAAGACUGUCAGUGUACCAGCUGGAAGACCAAUUGAACUCCACAUUCCAGUCAUUGGAAAACCUCCUCCAGUUUGCUCUUGGUACUUUGGUGGUGCAAUGAUAAAAGAACUUGAUCGGGUCAAGGUAGAGACCACUGGGAAAUACACCAAGUUAACUGUGCGUGAAACCACAAUUGAUGACACAGGCAACUAUACCCUUGAGGCGAAGAAUAUCGCAGGAACUGCAACAGAAAUGAUUAAAGUCAUCAUUCUUGAUAAACCUGGUGUGCCUGUUGGACCAUUAAGAAUUGAUGAAGUUGAAGCAACAUCUGUCACUGUCAGCUGGAAUCCACCAGAAAAAGAUGGAGGUGCUAACAUCAGUGGUUACAUUGUUGAACAACGUGAUGCUCACCAAACAGGAUGGCUCCCUGUAUCAGAAUCUGUCACCAGACCCACAUUUAAGUUCACCAGAUUGACUGAGGGAAAUGAAUAUGUGUUCCGCGUUGCUGCAACAAAUCGCUUUGGCAUUGGAUUAUUCUUGCAGUCUGAAGUUGUGGAGUGCAAGAGUGCAAAGACCACACCUGGGGCACCAGGUAGACCUGAUGUGUUUGACAUGUCACAUGAAGGAAUGACACUCACAUGGACUCCACCAGAGGAAGAUGGUGGUUCCCACGUGUCUGGAUAUAUCAUUGAGCGCAAGGAAGUAAAAUCUGAUAGAUGGGUGCGCAUUAAUAAGAAUCCAGUAACAAUGAUGAGAUAUCGAUCAACUGGUUUGAUUGAGGGUCUUGAAUAUGAGUUUAGAGUAACUGCAAUCAACUCUAGAGGCUGUGGCAAACCUAGCGCGGCUUCUAAACCAGCAGUGGCAAUGGAUCCCAUUGAACCCCCUGGUCCACCACAGAAACCAAGAGUUUCAGAUACCACACGGACAUCUGUGUCACUGGCUUGGAGUCCCCCUGAGGAAGAGGGUGGUUCUAGAAUCAUAGGUUACCUGAUUGAGAUGCAGAAGAUUGAUCAAGUUGAAUGGACAAAAUGUAACACAACACCAACAAAGAUUUGUGAAUACACUCUGACACAUAUGCCUCAGGGAGCUGAAUACAGGUUCCGUGUAAUGGCAUGCAAUGCUGGUGGACCUGGUGAACCUGCUGAAAUCCCAGGAGCAGUAAAAGUUACAGAAAUGCUUGGCUAUCCUGAUUAUGAGCUUGAUGAAAUAUACCACCAAGGCUUAGUUGUCAGACAAGGUGGCGUCAUAAAACUCUCUGUGCCUAUCAAGGGAAAACCAAUUCCCACCUGUAAAUGGACAAAAGAUGGUCGUGAUAUUUCUCACAGAGCCAUGAUUGCAACGGGUGAUGAUCUCACUGAGCUUGUGAUCAAGGAAGCUCACAGAGAUGAUACUGGUACCUAUGACCUUGUGCUUGAGAACAAGUGUGGCAAGAAGGCUGUAUACAUUAAAGUUAAAGUCAUUGGACGGCCAGAUCCGCCGGAAGGUCCACUUGAAUUUGAUGACAUCCAGGCUCGCUCUGUAAGAGUGAGUUGGAGAGCUCCUUCAGAUGAUGGUGGCUCUGACAUUCUUGGAUACAUGAUUGAGAGGCGAGAAGUUCCUAAGGCAGCCUGGUACACUGUUGAUGCAAGGGUUGUUGACACUUCAAUGGUUGUCAAAGGACUGAAGGAAAAUGUUGAGUACCACUUUAAGGUGACAGCUGAAAACCAGUUCGGCUUUAGCAGAUCUUUGAAAUCAGAUGAAACCGUCAUACCCAAGACACCUCUCUGUCCACCAGAACCUCCCAGCAAUCCACCAGAAAUUAUGGAUGUCACAAAGAAUACUGUUGCUCUGUCUUGGUCCAGACCUAGAGAUGAUGGAGGUUCUCGUGUUACUGGCUAUUAUGUUGAUCGUAGAGAGGUAUCUACUGAAAAGUGGGUACGUCACAACAAAACUCAUAUAACCACUACAAUGUACACUAUAACUGGACUCAUACCUGAUGCAGAAUAUCAGUUCCGUAUAAUCGCCCAAAAUGACAUUGGUCAGAGUGAGCCUGGACCUGCGUCUGAUUCCAUUGUAUGCAAGGAUCCAUUUGACAAACCAAGCCAGCCGGGUGAGAUUGAUAUAAUCUCCAUCACCAAAGACUGCAUCACCAUUCACUGGGAUCGACCAGUUUGUGAUGGUGGAAAGGAGAUCCUGGGAUACUGGAUUGAGUAUAGGCAAUCUGGUGAAAGUGCCUGGAAGAAAUGCAUCAAGGAGCGUUCAAAGGACAGACAGUUUACCAUGGGUGGUCUUAUGGAGGCAACUGAAUAUGAAUUUAGAGUGUUUGCUGAAAAUGAAUCUGGACUCAGCAGGCCACGUAGAACAGCUAUGGGUAUUAAAACCAAAUUGAGUGUUGGAGAAGCACCAAGUCUGAAGGAAGAAAUGCAAGAUGUGACCACUAAACUUGGAGAUUCAGGCACACUGAAAUGCCAGAUAAUUGGCAGACCACUUCCUGACAUCAAAUGGUCCAGAUUUGGCAAGGAACUGAUCCAAAGCCGUAAAUACAAGAUGAGUUCUGAUGGUCGCAACCAUUCACUGACUGUGGCCACAGAUGAACAGGAAGAUGAAGGUCUUUACACAUGCAGAGCAAUCAAUGACGCUGGAGAAAUAGAGACCAGUGGCAAGCUCUUUUUGCAGGCUGCCCCUCAGUUCCACCCAGGAUUUCCACUGAAAGAAAAAUAUUAUGCAGGAUGUGGUACAAGCCUGCGUCUACAUGUUGUAUAUAUAGGACGUCCAAUACCACAGAUCAUGUGGUUCUAUGGCAAAAAACCACUAAAACCAUCUGACGGUGUCAUCAUUGAAAACACUGAGAGUUAUACCCAUCUAGUCGUCAGGAAUGUGCAGCGCAAGACAAACGCAGGAAAAUAUAAAGUCCAAAUCAGCAACAUAUUUGGCACUGUUGACACUGUACUUAAUGUUGAAAUUCAAGAUAAACCUGCUAUUCCCGAAGGACCAAUUGUUGUUGAUACUGUAUUGAAGAGCUCUGUGAUCAUCAGCUGGAAAUCACCAAAAGAUGACGGUGGAUCAAUGAUAACAAACUACAUAGUGGAGAAGCGUGAAGCAAAGGAAGGCGAGAAAUACAAUCUGGUAUCAUCAUCAAUCUCUGGUACAUCUUGUAGAGUUCCAAAUCUCAUUGAAAGUGCUGGAUAUUACUUCCGUGUUUCUGCACAAAACCAAUAUGGCAUCAGUGAGCCACUGGAGAUUCCUUCUGUUGUCAUUAUUAAGAGUCCAUUUGAAAAGCCUGGAGUUCCCCAUCAACCUGUUGUUACUGGUGUAACAACAGAUUCCUGUAUUGUGUCAUGGAAGCCACCUACAAGUGAUGGAGGUGCAAAGAUAAAAAAAUAUUACCUUGAGAAGCGAGAGAAGAAACAGAACAAAUGGAUUGCAGUAACAACUCAUGAAAUACCUGAGCCAGUGUACACGGUGACAGGCCUUAUUGAAGGGUUUGAAUAUGAAUUCCGUGUCAAGUGUGAAAAUCAGGCUGGAGAGAGUGAAUGGAGUGAAAUAUCAGAACCUGUUAUUCCAAAAUCAGAUGCAGCAAUUCGUCCUCCUAGCUUUAAGGAAGAACUGAGAGACAUGAGUGUAAAAUACAGGAACAACGCUACUUUUGUUUGCAAGGUAACUGGGUAUCCCAAGCCUGUGGUCAAAUGGUACAAGCGUGGCAAAGAAAUUCUUCCUGAUGGACAGAAAAUCAGAGUGCAGGAAUUCAAAGGUGGUUAUUAUCAACUUGUCAUCUCUGCUGCUGAUGAGGAGGAUGCUACAGUCUACCAAAUCAGGGCUACAAACCAGGGGGGAUCUAUUUCAACAACUGUCACACUGGAUGUUGAAGUUCCUGCCAAGAUUCACCUGCCAAAACAUCUGCAAGGCAUGGGGGCUGUGCAUGCCCUUCGUGGUGAAGUGGUUAGCAUCAAGAUUCCCUUUAGUGGCAAGCCUGAUCCAGUAAUCACAUGGCAGAAAGGACAAGAAAUCAUUGACAACAGUGGAUACCAUCAAGUGAUUAUCACAAGAUCCUUCACAUCACUUGUCUUCCCUCAUGGAGUUCAGAGGAAAGAUAGUGGUUUCUAUAUAAUCCAUGCCAAAAACAGAUUUGGUGCUGACCAACAGACAGUUGAACUUGAGGUUGCAGAUGUACCUGAUCCACCAAAAGAUAUCAAAGUCAGUGAUACAUCCAGAGAUUCCAUCACUCUCAAUUGGAGUGCCCCUGCUAAUGAUGGUGGGAGUCAAAUCACUAACUAUAUUGUGGAAAAGUGUCCCACCACUUCUGAUAGAUGGAUACGUGUUGCUCAGACCCAGGCAACUCAAUACACUGUAAUUAAUCUGUAUGGAAAGACAAAAUACCAGUUCCGUGUUAUUGCUGAAAACCAGCAUGGACAGAGUGAAGCAUCACAACCAACUGAGCCUGUGUCAAUGAAGCAGGAUAAAUCCAUAAUCCGAAAUUAUGAUGAGGAAGUUGAUGAAACAAGACAAAUCACAACUGAGGAAGCACUGUUUUCAAACAUCAAGAAUCUGUCGGCCAAGUACACAAUGUGUGAAGAGCUUUCACAUUCACAUUUUGGUAUUGUUCACCGCUGUAUCGAAAAGAGCUCCAAAAAGACAUUCAUGGCCAAAUUAAUUAAAGUGAAAGGUUCUGAUCAGGAACUGGUGAAUAGAGAAAUUGCAGCACUCAAUGUGGGUCGACACAAGAACCUGUUAUAUCUUCAUGAAUACUUUGAGAGUCGUGAAGAAUUUGCCUUGAUCUAUGAGUUCAUCUCAGGUGUAGACAUAUUUGAACGUCUUGGAACGGCCAAUUUUGAGCUCACUGAAUUUGAAAUUGUGAGGUACAUAAAACAGGUGUGUGAGGCUCUGAAGUUUUUGCACAGUAAGGGCUUUGCUCAUUUUGAUAUCAAGCCUGACAACAUAGUAUACUCUACAAGAAAAAGCACAAACAUCAAGAUCAUUGAGAUGGGCCAGUCUAGACACUUGACACCUGGAGAAAACAUAAGAAUUCAGUUCACUGCACCUGAAUAUUGUGCACCUGAAAUCCAUCAGCAUGAUAUGGUCAGCACAGUUACUGACAUGUGGUCAGUCGGUGUAUUAGCAUAUGUGCUUCUCAGUGGAUUGAAUCCAUUUGCAGCUGAGUCUAACCAGAAAAUGAUUGAGAAAAUUUCAAGUGCGGAAUACAGCUUUGACAGUGAAGCAUUCAAGGACAUUAGUCUUGAAGCUAUGGACUUUGUGGACCGACUUCUAAUGAAAGAUCGCAAACAUCGUAUGACUGCUGCUGAAGCAUUGGAACAUCCUUGGCUGAAGUUGAAAACUGAACAUCUCAGCACCAAAGUCAUAAAGACCUUGAGACACAGACGGUACUACCAGACCUUGAUGAAGAAAGAAUGGAAUUUUGUCAUUUCUUCAGCUCGCAUUGCUUAUGGUGGUGCAUAUAGAAGUCAGCGAGGUGUCUCAAUUGGAAAGGUAAAGAUUGCACCAUCUGCAUAUGGUGUAAAAGCCGGACAGAUCAUGCAUGGUGUUGCUGAAGAAGGUGGACAUGUCAAAUUUGUCUGCAACAUUGAGAACUAUGACAGCAGCACAGAGGUAACUUGGUACUGUGGAGUUAGACAACUUCAAGCAAGUGACAAGUAUGAAAUAAGCUACGCAGAUGGAGUGGCUAUCAUAUAUGUCAAAGACAUUAAUAGCUCAGAUGAUGGUGUCUACAGAUGCAAAGUUGUCAAUGAAUAUGGUGAAGACAGUGCCUAUGCGGAGCUCUUUGUGGAAGAAGUCAGAUCAUAUCGUGAGUACUUUAUGGGCAGAACAGUUAAGAAGGUGAAACGCAGAGUAGAUACAACAAGACUACUCCAGAGACCACCUGAAUUUACUUUGCCCCUAUUCAACCAGACUGCUUAUAUUGGUGAAGAUGUACGCUUUGGUGUUACCAUAACAGUGCACCCAGAACCUAAUGUAAUUUGGCUAAAAUCUGGACAAAGAAUCAGACCAGGGGACAACGACAAUAAAUACACAUUCAUAAGUGACAAGGGUCUUUAUCAGCUUGUCGUUCACAAUCUUGAGCAAGAGGAUGAUGCAGAAUAUACUGUUGUAGCUCAUAACAAAUUUGGGGAAGACAGUUGUAAGGCACGCCUCACUGUUAUACCUCACCCCAUCACCGAAGACACACUGAGGCCAAUGUUCAAGCGCCUACUUGCAAAUGCAGAAUGCAAUGAAGGCCAGAGUGCCCGUUUUGAAUUGAGGUUGUCGGGAACACCUGCACCUACCCUGAAGUGGGAGAAAGAUGGUAAGCCUUUGGUAUUCAGUCAGAAAGUUGAAGUUAUUCAAGAAGACGUGGAUUAUCAUGUCUUGCAUAUCAGAGAAACUCUUCCAGAAGAUUCUGGCACAUACAGAGUCAUUGCAACCAACUCAGCUGGAUCAGCAAGUUGUCAAGCUACACUGAAGGUUGAGCGUGUCACCUAUACAAAGCGAGAGUAUAAGAGUCAGGAAGAGAAAGAAAGAUAUGUCCAGAAACAAAUUGACAAGACAUAUAAAUUGGCUCAACACUUUUCAUCCACUGAAGUUACUUCACUUAACCUUGUGGCACAAGAGGCUUUGAGAGAAGCUUCAAUUCUGUACAUGCCAGCAGUAAGCACUAAGAAUGUGCAAGGUGAAUUUGACAUUGAAGAAGAAAAGGAGGUAAAGAAAAUUAGGGUGGAAGAAAAGAGAAUUCGAAUGCCAUAUGAAAUUCCAGAACCAUCUAAACAUGCUGCAGGUGCUCUUGGGGAAGACAUGGACAUCAAACAUUUUGUGCCAUUGUCUGAAAUGAAAUGGUACAAGAAACUUCGUGAUCAGUAUGAAAUGCCAGAGCGUAUGCAGAGGAUUGUACAAAGGCGACAAAAGCGCAUUCGUUUGUCCAGGUGGGAACAGUUUUAUGUUGUGCCUCUUCCAAGAAUCACUGAUCAAUAUAAGCCAAGAUGGCGCAUUCCAAAGAUUUCUCUAGAUGAUCUAGAAACGGUAAGACCAGCCCGGCAUCAUACACCUUCUGAAUCUGAGGCCUCUUAUAGAGUGCGAAGAAGGUCCCUGGGUGAUCUCUCAGAUGAAGAUCUGCUCAUUUCUGUAGAGGACUACUUGUCAAUGAAGAGAUCUGAAGAAGAAAAGCUUCAGCUUGAGGAAGAGCUUGAGCUUGGCUUCUCUGCUUCCCCUCCUAGACACUGCCCUAUCUGUUUUGAAUUAGAUUCUCUACGCCAACUAUCACCAAUACAGAUGACAUAUGAUGAAGCUGAGAAAACACAAGUCUCAAGAAAAGAAAAAGAGAUGCGUGUUUCAUCAUCUGAAGAAGUAAUGAAAACAACUGAACAACGCCGUGUCGCAUCUUCCUCUGUUUCCCAUUACUUGAGAAGGAGGAGAUCACUGUCUCCCACCUAUAUUGAAUUGAUGCGCCCUGUUUCUGAACUAAUAAGAAAACCACGAGUAUUCCGUACUUCAGAAGCUGAGGAUGAAGCUGUGGAGAGGAGAUCACCAACCCCUGAGAGAACACGUCCCCGUUCCCCUAGUCCCAUUUCCACAGAGAGAUCCUCCAGGUCAUCCUCAAGAUUUGAGAGAUCUGCAAGAUUUGAUAUCAUGGCCAGAUAUGAGGCAAGAAAAGCUGCUCUGAAAUCUGAAAGGAAAUAUGAGGUUGUGUCUCAGCAGCCUUUUAGUCUUGAUCAUUCCCCACGCAUAACUGUGCGAAUGCGCUCCCACCGUGUGCCAUGUGGUCAAAAUACUAAAUUCACCCUCAAUGUCCAAUCAAAGCCAGAAGCUGAAAUCAGAUGGUUCCAUAAUGGUGAGCAUAUUCAAGAGAGUAGCAAAUAUCGUUUUAUAAAUAUGAGUGGAGUUUUGACUCUCCAGAUUAUUGACUGCCAGGCAGAGGAUAGUGGGACAUACCGUGUUCUCUGCAUGAACUCCAAGGGAGAAGCUUCUGACUAUGCCACUCUGGAUGUUUCACGAGGAGAGUAUUCCACAUUUUCCUCUCGUCGUAAAGAUGAGGAUGUUCCUUCACCAUUUGUUCCUGACAUAACAAAAACUGAUUUUUACCAUGUGUCUUCCUACAAGAGAGCUUCUUCAUCUGAAACACGCUUAGUAGUUCAAGAAACUAAAUCAAAGCUGACUGAAACACAUGAAGCUGCUGUUUAUGAAAAAUAUGCAUCAUCUGAGAAAAAAGUGGAGGCUUUAGAAGCCACAGUUGAGGAAGUAACUGUGCAUAAGAAAGUGAAGACUACUCUACCAGCCAGAAUACUUUCAAAGCCACAGUCUCUUACAGUAUCAGAAGGCGAGUCUGCCAGGUUUGCAUGUGACAUUGACGGUGAGCCAGCCCCCAGUGUUACUUGGAUGCAUGAAGGAAAAGAAGUUGUUUCUUCCCAUCGGCACCUUGUAACUACCACGCAGUACAAGUCUACUUUUGCAAUUUCUUCUGUUGAGUCAACUGAUGAAGGAAGCUACAUAGUAGUUGUAGAGAAUUGUGAGGGCAAACAAGAGGCACAGUUCAUCUUAUCCAUCCGCAAAGCAACACCAAAAGAGAAAGUCAUUACUUCACCACCAAGCAUAAAGUCUCCAGAGCCAAAGGUGAAAUCUCCAGAGGUUACAACUACAAAGUCACCAGAACCUCAUGUCAAGACAGUUAAGUCUCCUGAGCCAGAAACCCCACCACCAACGGUUAAAUCUCCUGAACCCAGAGUGAAAUCUCCAGAGAUUAAGUCUCCUGAACCCACAGUGAAAUCUCCAGAGAUGAAGUCUCCUGAACCAAAAGUGAAAUCUCCAGAGCCCAGAGGGAAAUCUCCAGAGAUUAAGUCUCCUGAACCCACAGUGAAAUCUCCAGAGCUGAAGUCUCCGGAACCCACAGUGAAAUCUCCAGAGCUGAAGUCUCCUGAACCCAAAGUGAAAUCUCCAGAGCCCAGAGGGAGAUCUCCAGAGAUUAAGUCUCCUGAACCCAAAGUGAAAUCUCCUGAACCCAAAGUGAAAUCUCCUGAACCCAGAGUGAAAUCUCCAGAGAUUAAGUCUCCUGAACCCAAAGUUAAAUCUCCAGAGCUCAAAUCUCCUGAACCCAGAGUGAAAUCUCCAGAGCCCAGAGUAAAAUCUCCAGAGCCCAGAGUGAAAUCUCCAGUGCCCAGAGUGAAAUCUCCAGAGGUCACAAGUCCUAUGUCCCCAGAACCUCGCAUCAAGUCACCUGAGGGAAUCAAAUCUCCGAGGAGAAUUAAGUCUCCUGAACCAGUAGCCUCCCCCCAGCGGGUUAAAUCUCCACCACCGAUCAAGUCACCCACUCCUCAGAAAGUGGAUAUGCCCCCAAAGAUUGUUCAUCACCUCAAGGUGGAAGCCUGUGAAGAUAAAGUGAAGAUGUUCUGUGUGGCUGAAAGCAGAGUGAAAGAAGUAGUAUGGUACAAGGAUGGAACAAAACUUACACAGAGUAGUCAUCGUACUCUCCAUAGUGCUGCUGAUGGCACAUGCAGUCUCAUUAUCCAGGAACUAAGUCAGAAAGACCAGGGUGAAUAUUCCUGUGAAAUCAUUUCAGAAGGUGGGGUCUCAAGAACAUCAUUUUCAUUUGUUGGCCAAGUCUAUCAAACAAUUUUUGAAAAGAUUACAACUUUCCUGGAGACAAAGACAGCCAUCCAAAAACUGGCAAUGCAGUCGGCCUCCCAUACAAAAACUGAACAAACUGCAAAAAAGGAAAAGGUUCAGGAAGAUGUCCUUACUACUCUGGCUAAAGAAUCUGCCAAAAUGGUGCAUAUGGAGAAAAGUGCAGCUACCAGCAGCAUGCAUGAAAGUUUCUCUUCAGCCCACAUGACUUCCUCAGUACAAGAAGCCUCCUUCAGCAGCUCCAGUACAAGUGAAGUAAAAUUUUCAAGCAUGUCUGCAGCUAGUAUGUCUUCCAUUACAUCUGAGUCAUUAUUAAGCAUGAGUUCCAGCAGCAGUAGUAUGAUGGAAAUGUCAAGUCAUUCACAAAUCGAGGGGUCUUCUAUGAGAGGCAUUACUCACCGUAUUCAAGGUACACCACCAAAAAUUGAAGCUCUCCCUGAAGACAUCAGCAUUGAGAAAGGAAAAGUUCUUACAGUAGCCUGUGCUUUCUCUGGGGAGCCAAAGCCAGAUAUUGAGUGGACACGCAUGGGGAGAAAACUGCCUGGUGAAGGGGAAAGUGAUCGGUUCCACAUUGAGACCACAGAGGACCUCACAACCCUCAUAAUCACCAAUGUCAAAGAAAAUGAUGCUGGACUCUAUACUCUCAAACUUUCCAAUGAGCUGGGAUCUGAUACUGCAACGGUUAACAUCAGCAUUCGGUUAAUGUAAAAAAAUUAUAAUUGAUAUCCUUCCCCUUUCCCUCCUUCAGUGCCUUUUUAUUUGCUAAAAUACUCUACAUAAUAGAGACAGAGUUCUGUUCUUGUAAAUAUGAACUAUUUUUAUACCAAACUUGACAUUAAUUUAUGCCAAACUAGACUAAAGUCUAAAAGUUGUUAUAAAAUGUGCCAUAUUGGAUAAUUAUGACUUAGGAUUUUUGAUCCAUUUUUCUGUGACAUGUACAUAAUGUAUAUAGCCGAAUUUACCGGUUAUGGAAAAUGUAUGCAUUGUUAUUUGAGACAAUAUUAACUGAAACUAAUGGAACUAAAUGUUUAUCAGGAGAAAGUUUCACAUGAAACGAAUACCCUGAAAAACCUGAAACAAAACUAUGUGCCUCAACAAUAAGUUGAAGUCUUAAGAUUGCCUCAACAGGUAGAGAGGCUCCCUGUUGAAGUUUUACUAUAUUUGAGAGACAAUGUUAUGCACUGUACAUUUGUAUGUGCAUUAAUAUUACCAUACUCAUAUGAAUUGUUACAUGAGCAUAAGACCUUGAGUGCUGUUUGCAUUUACCCUCAUGUAAGCAGCACAACUAGGCCUUGUGUUCAGACUGACUAUGUCAUACUACUAUUUUAUUGACAUGCUCAAAGUGCGAGCGGCCUGCACUUUGGCAACUAUUUAUUUUAUGUGCACUAUUGCUGGCAAAGGACUGCUUGAAUUGGAUUUCUUAAAAAAUAACAUCACCUGGCCAUUAUGUUCUGUAAGUCAUUCAAGUACUUCUUUGCAGAAACAGUGCCACUUCUCGGAGGCCUGCUUGGGUGCAUUGUGUUUGAGUGUGUCUGUGUGUUAGAUUUAGGAUUUCACCUUGUCAGUAGUCUGGGCUGCAGUAAAGUAUGUGUACCACAGUGACAACACCUGCUGUGCUAAAGAAACAAAUGCAUUAAUUGCAUGCCCUACACUUUGGUUUUAUUGAAAUUAUAACUGUAGGAUUACCUAUAUAUGCAGCCUCCUUGAAAUUUAUUAAUUACUGAUUUAAUAAAGCAUGAUUUAAGAACCUAAAAA